GGGGGCAAUUAGCACUGGGAGUAGAGGGACAGGGGGCAAUUUGUACUGGGAGUAGAGGGACGGGGGGCAAUUAGCACUGGGAGUAGAGGGACAGGGGGCAAUUAGCACUGGGAGUAGAGGGGCAGGGGGCAAUUAGCACUGGGAGUAGAGGGGCAGGGGGCAAUUAGCACUGGGGGCAUAGGGACAAAGGGAAAUUAACACAGGAGGUAAAAGGGACUACUAGCAGGCAGUAAGUAAUUAUUCUUGCUUGCCUGAGCCCUCACAGGCUGAUACAACCUGGGUCCUGGGCUGAUUAAGACAUCCUCCAUCAUGGCUCAGUCCCCUACUAAACCAUCAGACUCAGCCUUACUGCAGGGCAGCCCCUCCUGCCUCCCAGCUGCACUCAGGGACCUCAUUGACAACCCUCAGUUCAGGUGAGUGAGCCUUGCUGUCUGCAUCCCAAUAACUGUGUACUGCAACUCCCAUCAUGCUGGCCUAGCGUGUUUUGAAAAUCUCUUCUGAUUAUUCACUAGAGUGUUAAUUGUCAGUGAAUGGCCCAAACUGUGACCCCCCUUGGCAAUUCUGCAGUUUUCCAAUUCAUAUUUAGUUAUGGGUUUAGUUUAUUCACUUGGCAGCAAUGGAUUCGGAAGCGUUUUCUAACAGUAAAAUAAUACAUUUAUUUUACUGUUUAGUAAAUAAAGCCCAUAUUCCCUACAAGUCAGUUUGGGAUAACGUGGAUGUCCGCCGGAUUUAAUGUUUCACAGAUAUGAUACAUAACAUAUCUUCAUACAUAGUGCAACUUUACUGCACUAUAGUAUGUAGCAAUUAUAUACUGCAAGAGGAAAAUCAGUUCCUAAUCUCUAAUCCAGGAGCCAUAUUAAUAAGUAAAUUGAUGGGGAGACUGAGCGUCAUUCUCUCUCUCCCCUUCUAGUAUUUCAUGAACAGGAGAGGGACCGAAUUAAUGGCGGGCUGCAGAAGCGUAACUAGAAACCACAGGGCCCCGGUGCGAAAAUUGCCCUGUGGGGCCCCCCUUACAUCUACCUCCUACACCACACGUCCCCCCCGCCCUCCGCCCACACAUGCAGACACAUACAGACACAUACAUACACCAUCAGACAUACACAUUCAGAUACACACACACAUACACAGAGGCGGGUAGCAGAGUUCCUGUCAGACGCGGCGAGGGAGCUGUGUUCUCUCUGCUCCCUCGUGGGCUGUCUACUGAUGCCGGGAGCGGAAUAUGACGUCAUAUUCCGGCAUCAGAAAACGGCGCACGAGGGAGCAGAGCAGAGAGAACACAGCUCCCUCGCCGCGUCUGACAGGAACUCUGCCGCCCGUGUGGGGGCCCAUUAGGUGGCCAGCUGGCCACUUUUUGGGCCCCCCUAUGACAGAGGGAACACGGAGGGGGCGGCAUCUAGGCGGCCCACGGUCGCAGGAGUCGUGGCUGUGGCCGGGCCCCCUGCAGUGACAGGUACGCCACUGGCGGGCUGGUAAAUCACACUAAUCUCGGGCAAACAAAAUAUUGAUGUUUGCACAGACCGUUCUACACAUCUUCUAAACUGCAUGAAGCCUCCAGCCUCUGCCUGUAGCAGACACCUCAAACUCUGUCCCCCCCAGAUGUUACUAAUCUAUAACUCCCUAAAUCCCUCCUUAUAGCAAUGUCAGUAGAGGGGCAGGAAUAUGGAUUUAAGUUAAUCAAAAAUGGCUUAAAGGGACACUCCAGACCCCUGAAGAACUUUAGUUUGAUGAAAAGCUUUAUUUGUGCUCGGAAUUUCAAUAGGUUAUGGAUUGUAGAAGAUGCAAAGUUGGUUGAGGUGUGCCGAAACCAACGGACGAGUAGGCCUGUAAUAUAGAGGGCCCACCAAGGUGAAAUGAGAAUGUGUAGGUGGGUGGCGUCAAUCAGCUUGCAUGGCAAAGGUGAGUAGGGGCUAGGGGUUUAAGUAGGGGCCUUAACUCCUCCCACAAAUUCAGGCCUAAUGGCCUUUUAACUUGUGCUCGGAAUUCUAUACCAGCCCAGUAAUGCGACGCGCCAGCACAGUGUGCUGAUAUAGAGGGUGAAAAAAUAACUUGAAAUUGAAAACUCUUACUCCAACGAAAGAACGCAUAUAUGCGUUCAAAAUAAACAAAAGAGCACCUUUAUUUUAAGUAGACGUACAUUUGCAUGUAAUCAAUGUUUCAGUAAAACUACUUUGGCCUAUUAACCCCUUAAUGACGAGUGACGGACAAGGUCCGUCACUCAGGGGAAACCCUUAACGACGAGUGACGGACCUUGGGAGCAUGGUAGUUAGCUCCGCCCCCUCCCUCAGUCCUCCUGUGCUGACAGCUAUGCUGCUGUCAGUAUCAGUGAGUGUGCCGCUGGCGGCCACGAUAUUAUUAAAAUAUAGGGAGCAGGGCUCCCUCUUUACAUGCAGCCCCCCCGCGGCCUACUGGGAAAUUUCCCGGUAUCCUGGUGGGCCAGUCCAGCCCUGAUUGUAGAAGAUGCAAAGUUGGUUGACCUGGUUACACCCACUGGCUGUCAAUCAGACACCCGGCCAUGUUACUUCCUGGCUUGUUUAGCUCAGUGAUGCUAAACUCAAGAGGCAGCAAUUGCCUCGAGCACCUGCCUUGCAAAGACUUCUCAUUGAGCUACAUUGGGAAGUCUGUGAUUGGACAGCCACAGAAAGUCUGGGCGGGGUUAGAAGGGGAGGGCUUGCAAAGGCUGCAGAUAAGAGAUCUGCAGUUUUGCAAGCCAUUUUUAGAUAUACCCUCAUUGGAAAAAAAAUACAUACAAGUUUUCAUUUGGGGUAUAUCUACUAAACAAUGAUUUAAAAAAAAUUUAUUUUAUAUUUGGGCAGUGGAGUUUCCCUUUAAAAUGAAGAAUGGGCUACAUCCAAAUGCCUUGCACCAUAUUCAUCUCACUGCAGUAUGCUGUAAUUAUAAUAAUAUUAAUAAUAAUAAUAAUAGUAUAUAAUGAUGCAAUACACUGUAGUAAUACAAUAGGCUUUAAUGAUACAAUAAGUUUAAUGAUACAACAAACUGUAAUAAUACAAUAAUAACAAUAGGUUAUAAUGAAAAAAUAAGCUGCAAUUUAGCAAAAAAGCCAUAAUGAUAGAAUAUGCUUUGUUGAUACUAUAAGCUUUAGUGCUUAUGGAGCUGAAAGAGUUACUCCAACCACCAUGACCACUUCUGCUUUUAGAAGUGGUCAUUGUGGAAGGAGUCUGUGCAGCAUUUCUGCAUAAACAAAUAUCACAUUCAGAGAUAUUUGCACUUUUGUGCCAGCGGCUAGUUACACCCCUGGCACACGUGACUUAGUAGCCGUGUAUACUGUUACAGGCUCAUAAUAUGAAUUAUGUGCAAAAAGUAUGUCUGUCGUCACCGCGCACAGCACACUGGCAAUAGACAGAUCUCCCUCCCUUCAUUUAUUUACCAUCUCCUCAGUCUCAGCUCCCUUAUACUGCUCAUUUUUUCCACCCCCGCCAUCUGCCCCCCACUGCCUUCCUCCCCGGCCCAGAGUGCGCGCAUGCCAGACAUAGGACAGGCUGUUGAAUCCAGUAAAGGGGGCCUUGCCCUGCGUCGCAGUACAGAUAAGUUUACACUUUAUUUUAUAUAGUUUUAAAGGAAAAUUCCAGUGCCAGGAAAACAAUCUGUUUUCCUGGCACUGCAGGUCCCCUUUCCCUCCCACCCCCAACUCAGGUAGCUGAAAGCUGAAGGGGUGAAAACUUUUCUCUUUUCAGCUAUGUAACUAUGUAAUAUACCGGAGACCCCGCCAAUGUCCUUUGGCGGUGGUUUCGGGUCGGCGUCGCUCCUCCCAGUAAUCACGUCAGCCGGUGGGCGAGACUGAUCCCGCCCUCCGGCUGAGGAAACCUAAUGCGCAUGCGCGGCAAUGCCGCGCAUGCGCAUUAGGUCUCCCCAUAGGAAAGCAUUGAAAAAAAUUUUCAAUGCUUUCCUAUGGGGAAUUGAGCAACGAUGGAGGUCCUCACACAGCGUGAGGACGUCGAGCGAUGCUCUAGCACAGAAAAUCUUUGCUAUGAAUCAGGAAGUGCCCUCUAGUGGCUGUCUAGUAGACAGCCACUAGAGGAGGAGUUAACCCUGCAAGAUAAUUAUUGCAGUUUAUGAAAACUGCAAUAAUUACAGUUGCAGGGUUAAGAGUAGUGGGAGUUGGCACCCAGACCACUCCAAUGGGCAGAAGUGGUCUGGGUGCCUGGAGUGUCCCUUUAAUUACUAAAGACCAAUAGGGCAUUCUAAAUUAAAUAUAUAUAUAUCAUUUAAAGGAGUUGGAGUAAGCCUUUAAUGUGUUUCUGAAAAGGUAUAUUUUUGAAGAUAGUUGUUUUUGAUGAUUUGAAUUAAAGGAACAACCUGCUGUAGUGGUUAUGGUGCUAUGAGUGCCCUGGCGCCCUCCCAUUGAAAUUUGUCAAGCCAUUUUAGAACGGUUUGACAACUUACCUGGAUCCCGACAGGUCCCUGCACAGCAUCUGGUCUUCUCCUGCGGGAGAGGCCAGGUGUCUUCACAGAGCUAAGCGCAGCUGACCCAGGACUGCGCCUAGUUACGGAGAGCACUCAGACUACGCUCCUCCCAGCCUUUAAUCAUGGCCCAGCUGAGUGGGGGCUGGAAGGAGAAUCAGUAGCGGAUUAUGCGGCUAUUAGUGCCCUGCAGGACCUAAAUACUGGGAGGGCAGCAGGACACUCCUGGCACCAUUAUCAUUACAGAGAGUUUUAAAACCCAGAAAAGUUCAAGAGUGCACCUGACUCUCUGUAACAGUACGUGCUGCUUGCUCACAAACCUCUAUCUGUACUAUUUAUUGAAAUGGAUGUUCCCCUUAAGGGAAACUAUAGUGCAUUGAAUACGGCGGACUUCGGCGGAGGAGAACUAAUGCGCGGCAAUGGCCGUGCUCGCAUUAGGAUCUCCCCAUAGGAAAUCAUUAUUCAAUGCUUUCCUAUGGAGAAAAUCUGACGCUGGAAGUCGUCAUGCAGAGUGUGAGGAUAUCCAGUGUCAGAUAAAGGACCAGAAGUCCCUCUAGUGGCUGUGUGGUAGACAACCAGUAGAGGAGGAGUUAACCCUCAGAGUUUAUAAUUACCACUGCAGGGUUAAGGGUGAUGGGAGUUUGCACCCAGACCACUUCAAUGAGCUGAAGUGUUCUGGGUGCCUACAGUGUCCCUUUAAUUUCUUUUCCUUCUUUAAUGGUUCCUGCUGUAUGGAAUGCAAAUAAUUUGUUCUGGGUUGCCUUUACUAACUGAUGACUUCUUACGUCAGGGAACAUGGAUUUGCAUUUCGUACCAGAAAUUUACAUGUUGGUGUUGAUACAGAAUUCGGGUUUAGUUUUAAUGUUGAGAAAGGGUAGAGCUUACAAAGAGGUCCUUCUUUUACACAUACCCCAAUGAAAUAAUGUCUAUUUAAAUGCGUGCAUGCUUUCAUUGGGCGUUUAUUCACUAAACAGUGAUUAUUUUUUGUGUGUAUUUGGGCAGUGGAGUGUCCCUUUAAAUCCCUUCCAUUCUAGACAUUACUACAGUACAAAGCUUUCCAUUUACCAGUAAAUAGCUGAUGGCAGACCUUGCAUUGACGUAAAUGGUAUAGAGAAGGAUUUAUGCUCAAAAAACACCGUAACUUGGAAACAAUUCUCUAAAAUUCAAUUUACUGUCUAUGGAAAACUAAAUGUGAUUUCAAUAUAUUUAGAAAAUUGGUUGAAUUUACGCCCAUUUAUAGAGACGGGAGCUAUUUAUAUUUAAUGCAUGGCGACAGUGUUACAAGCUAAUAGUAGUAAAUCUAUUUCUGUUCAUUUUAAAAAUAUCCGUGUCUUUGUUUUUCUUUGUGAGUUUAUUUACCCGUCUUAUGAACAUUGAACAACAAACUCAACAUGGCGAGAUAUAGAGUUUACGCAUGAAACUGAGAUUGGUGGCGAAUUAAAAAUUGCAGAAUUCAGGCUCAACUGGCCAAAGCACCGUUUAUUUAUUUUAUUUUCCUGGGCCAUUAUACAUGGCAGCAUCACGCUUACCCAUAUGAAAAUAAAAUAAGGGUAAGUAUGGAAACUAUUUUUUUUAAAUUAUAUUUAUAUUAAUUUCUACAAAUCUGGACACACUGAUAUUAAAGAAACGCUGCAAGUACCAUAACCACUUAAACUGAUUGAAGUGCUUAUGGUGCCUUGAGUCAAUGGGCACCGGGUCUUGCAUCACUGUUAAACUGUUUAGUUUGUGCUGCAGGCUGCAGCAGAAAUAUAUUGUGAGUUGUAACUUGUCUCAUACCAUACCAAUAUCACGGAUUGGAGGCAUUGAGAGGGUUAGCGCGCUUAGCUGACGCACUCAGUGGAGGAUAACACUGCUCCGUCAUUUUAUUAUUGGGGGCCGGGCUGCAGCCUGCCUGAGACUGAGCAUCACUGCUGAACGUUGAGGAAAUUAUUUAACAUUGAUGCAGGACCUAGUGCUCGUGGGCUCAAUGCACCAUAAUUACUUCAAUUAUUUGAAGUAGUUAUGGUGCAUGCAGUCUUCUUUUUCAUAAGAUGUCAAAAUCCCACACAAGGGUUUGUUCAGUGUGUAGUGAAAUGUUACAUUUAAACAAGAUAGCCUUAUUGGAGAUAAAAUUUCCAACAAAAUUUCAGGAAUCAGCCGCAGUAUCGCUCAUGAAAAUACUAAAACUGCUGUAUAUGAAGUGUAUUGGAAGCCACUGUACUAAUCACACCCUUUUUUUUGUUUAUUUAUCAAAAUCUAAGAGGAGGUCUGUAUUUUAUUAUGAGUGCACAUGUCAUAUGAUUACAUUCCAGAUAAGUAUCUGUAUGGCCAAGGGGAAGAAUGGCUGAGAGUGCUGGGUUAAACCAACCCUAACAUUGCCGUCCUAAUCCGUGACUCCCAACCAUCCAACUUUCGGUUGGAGAGUCCCAAUAUUCGGGUCCUGUCUCAACUUUGUUCCCUGGUGACCUGAUUUCGGGGACAGUUGCCUGCACUCAGGGUAAAGAACAAUGCAGAGUACUUAAUCAGUGCUCACUGCAGGGUCUGCCCUCAGUGGUCUGACAUUCUUGAUUGGCAGUCGGUGUGGUAUGCAUUAAUUCAGGCGGACCCCCUCCCUUCUGCCAGAAAUUCAGGCGGACCCCUUCCCUUCAGUGGUAAGAUAAAGGCCUGAAUUUGAGUGCUGACAAAACCUACCACUAAACAAAUGGUAUGUCAGAUCAUAGGGCACUGACCAAAGUAUCCAAUGAUCUACUUACUGCAAAAUCUUGUGGUCACUACUCUAUCCUAAUUCUCCUUGACCUGUCUGCGGCUUUUGACACUGUUGAUCAUCAACAGCUUCUUCUCAUCCUCCGCAAUAUCGGUCUACAAGAUACUGCUCUCUCCUGGUGCUCCUCCUACCUCUCCCAGCGCUCUUUCAGUGUUUCUUUCUCUGGCUCUGCUUCUUCUCCCCAACUCCUCUCUGUUGGUGUCCCCCAAGGUUCAGUCCUUGGUCCCCUACUGUUCUCCAUCUAUACUGCCUCCCUUGGUAAACUCAUUAGCUCCUUUGGCUUCCAAUAUCAUUUCUAUGCAGAUGACACGCAAAUCUACCUGUCCUCUCCUGAUCUCUCCCCGUCCCUCUUGACUAGUGUCUCUGACUGCCUCUCUGCUGUUUCUAACUGGAUGGCUGCCCACUUCCUUAAACUAAAUUUGACCAAAACUGAAAUUCUGGUCUUUCCUCCCUCAAGUGUUGUUACUCCUGUGUCUCCCUCCCUCCAAGUCAACGGUGCUACCAUCAGCUCCACCACGCAGGCUCGCUGCCUAGGUGUUCUCUUUGACUCAAACCUCUCCUUCAAGCAUCAUGUUCAAUCUAUCGCCAAAUCCUGUCAUUUCAAUCUCAAAAACAUUGCGCGCAUCCGCCCCUACUUAACGCCAGAUGUGACUAAGGUGUUGGUCCAUUCCACUGUCCUUUCUCGCCUUGACUAAAGUAAUCCGCUUCUCAGUGGUCUUACGUGCUCCCAACUAGCGCCGUUACAGUCCAUAAUGAAUGCGGCGGCGAGGCACAUCUUCCUGUCCGCCCGCACCUGCCAUGCCUCACCCUUCUGUCUGUCCCUACAUUGGCUUCCUAUAAAAUAUAGAGCUCAAUUUAAAAUUCUGGUUCUUGCUUUCAAAUCUCCACAUAAUGCUGCUCCCACCUAUCUAUCCUCCCUUAUACACAAGUAUGUCCCGUCUAGGCCCUUACGAUCUGCUGAAGACUUACGUCUAUCUUCUGUCCGUACUCCCACCUCUGAUGCUCGCCUUCAAUAUUUCUCGAUGGCUGCACCGUUCCUGUGGAACUCGCUUCCCUCCUCCGUUAGAUGCUCACCCAGUCUCCACUCCUUCAAAAAAUCGUUAAAAACCCACUUCUUCAUAAAAGCGUAUCAAUUAAACUGUUAAUAGCUCCUGACUGAUUCCUCUUCUGCAACUGUCACUAGUCUAAUACUAUCCUUACCUUUUUGUGUCAUUUUACCCCACUCCCUCUAGCAUGUAAGCUCAUUGAGCAGGGCCCUCAACCCCUCUGUUCCUGUGUGUCCAACUUGUCUGGUUACAAAUACAUGUCUGUUCAUCCACCCAUUGUAAAGCGCUGUGGAAUUUGACGGCGCUCUAUAAAUAUCAUAAUAAUAAUAAUAAUUAUCUGCACCAUAACUACUACAGAAAUGUUUAAUGAUACAGCAUGCUUUAAUAACAACAUAUCUCCCAGCACUAGGAGGUAUGAAACAACUUGUAUUGCAGUUACGUGACUGCUGAAGUCCCCAAGGGAGUGGGCCCACGCGAUAAGGGUGUAGCGCCAUUUAAAAAAGGAAUGUGUCCGUCUGGUGUGAAUGCACACGGGCUCUAUGCCUUAAGUGCCCCGUUAAAGAGCUUUGUCUGUGGGCUCAGUGCCCUGUUAAAAUGCUCUAUCGGUGGGCUUUGUGCCCUGAGUGACCUGUUGAAGCGCUCUGUCCGUGUGCUCUAUGCCCUGAGUGUCCUUUUGAAGUACUCUGCCCGUGGGAUUAAUACACUUAGUGCCCUGUUUACGUGCUCAACGGGCAAUUCGUACAGCACAGGCACAUCCAAAUAUGCUUUCUGUGGACAGUUCCCUGGUGGUUGAGCUGUAAUAAUAUAAUAAGCUGUAAUGAUGCAAUGAGCUGUAAUGAUGCAAUGAGUUGUAAUGACACAAUGAGCUGUAAUGAUGCAAGGAGAUGUAAUGAUACAAGGAGCUGUAAUAAUACAGUGAGCUGUAGUGAUACAAUGAGCUGUAAUAAUACAAUUGAUUGUAAUGAUACAAGGGGCUGUAAUAAUACAAUAAGCUGUAAUGAUACACAGAGCUGUAAUAAUACAGUGAGCUGUAGUGAUAUAAGGAGUUGUUAUUGGACACAAUGAGCUGUAAUACUAUAAUGAGCUGUGAUUAUAUAAUAAGACGUAAUGAUACCAUGAUCUGUAAUAAUACAAUUAAUUGUAAUGAUACAAGGGGCUGUAGUGGUUAUGGUGCUUGGAGUGUCCCUUUUAAGUUACUUUUUAAAACCUUCUUUGCCCUUUAUUAAAAAAUAAAAUGAAAACUCACAUAUAGAAUAAUUAUUUUAUAUAAACAAAAGUUUAUUUAAUAACACAUUUACUGUCCCAUUGUACAGCGCUACGGAAUCUGAUGGCGCUAUAUAAAUAAUAAAAUAAUAAUAAAAAUAAUAACUGUGAAGUCAGUGUGAGGGAGAGAUGUGUGGAAGGAGUUAAUAAUGUCUCACUAGCCUGCCAUUCUCAUCCUCACUGCAAUCAUACUUGUGGUUAGAUUUCUGUGAAACCGGAGUCUAAAAAGGGAGCUGUAAAUAUCAUGAUUUGCAGAGCUGGUGGAAAACUCUGCGUGUGAUAGACUUUCAAGCCUGCAGCUUCCAACCGCUUGAGAAAACUGCUUUUACUUUAACUUAAAAAAAAAAACAUUUAAAUGCAAAAAAAAAAGGCAAACAAUGCAUUAUUAUAACCGUGUUUCUAUAGCUGCGCUGAAAUGCAUCCUUAUUGGCGCAAUAUGAACGUUCUUGUUAGUGAUGGCCAAUUGAAUGCUUCUCAUGACAUGCUGUGCAAUUCGCCAAUCCAGUGUCCUCUAUGGGAAGCUAUGGACAGACACGGUUUAAUGGUAUGAUUAUAGAAGGUGAAAUAGUAAGAGUAACGAGAACAGAGAAAUCAGGUAUUCCAGGAAGUGAGCCGAGUUAUGGGGUGCAGAGACAUUAUAAAUGAAAGACAAAGCGAGGACAAUAAUACAAAAUGCAGCAUUUCCUCACAGAGACACAGUGAAUCAGUGCAUCUCUAAGUGUGGAGACGCUGGACUAGGAAGCACCUCUAGUGGCCAUCUGAGUAACUGCACCUAGAGGUGCCACUAGGCAGCAAUAUAAAUACUACCUUAUCCCUGAAAAUGCCGUAUUUACAGUGCUACCACUGCAGGGACAGACUAUAGACACUAUAUACGUUUUGGUGACUAUAGUGUUCCUUUAAAUAGGCUGGUGGGGAGGGGUAAGUACCAGGAGCCUUGGCUAGAGUGCUCUGUUAUCCAGUGUAGCGUUACUUAUUCUGCGCGUUGUUUGGGGGCGCAGGCGCGACGUGGACCAAUCACAGAUAACGUUAUUUAAACACCCCUGGUCCUGUAUAAUGUGCCCUAUUGUGGUUUCUGUCCCAGGACCCUUUAGUGCGUUCCUUGUUCUCUUGUAUUAUUGUACUUGUAUUGACCUGGGCUUCAUUCUGACUCUGCGUUUAUCUUUAACCCUUUCCUGUAUUGUUUGCCUGUCUGACUGAUUACCAUGUACCUGACUCUGGCCAGUUCUCGUUUUCGCAGUCUCUCCGUUACCCUCACCUCGUUACUGACUACGCUUUUUCUCUGUCCUACGUUAAGUCCGGCCAUUCUAAGGCCCGGUUAUAUGUUAUUUCCCUGUCUUGUCCCUUGCUGUCCUGCACUCUGCGUGUUGGGGUAUUACGCCGGGACAUCCAGUUAUCCUUAAUAGCAAAGCUGCAGGAGCGGUUAUAUAGAGCUUAAAACUCAGUGCUGUCUCAGAUCCUCUAGUGCCUGUGAUAUUACAACUUAGUGUAUUAUUAUAAUUACUUAAAGUGAUUUCUAGACGUACAAGUUCUCACAAUAAUUUACCAUAUUCAAAUAAUAACUUGAAACAUGUAACCUUAUAAACUAUCACCGUCUUUUACAUUUGCUUAGUGUGUGUGUGUUUGUGUGUGUGUGUGUGUGUGUGUUCUCAUGUGCUGGUGAGCAGUGAAAUGCCAGGUUACUGUGGUAAGAUGUGAUGUAGCCACUGCUGUAUAAAUUACCUAGAAACGCGUGGGCACAAACACAAACUGACGAGCUUAAAUAGAACAUUGUGAGGUUGAAUUUGCACUUUCUUCAGGACUGCCCAGAGUAAUGUUUCAUACCCGAACUCCGCUUUGUUAACAGAGCUGACUUGUUGAUUUUGUUAUAUUAGUUCCAGAUAUUUUGCCUUAAAAAGUGUUACUUUUCAUAAACUUAAAAAUGUUUCAGUCCUGAGUCUAACCGACAGUUGUGCAAGUUGUAUUGUUUUUUAAAAGAUACAAUCUUCCUCUUCUCAUUGAAACUAUCAAGAUCUUAUCUUGUUGCACAACACUAUUCAACGGACAGUGAACCUAAACAAUAAGAACCUGUUAAAACCACAGUUUCAGUUUGUGGGAGCUGCGCCUUUCUGUCCAUCUCGUAUACACGUAGUACCUGGAAACUAGCAAAAAUUAAAUGGAUCCUUCCUGGUUAUAUCAUUAGACUUUAUUAUAGUUUUCGCUGCCAUAGUCAUUUCUGAACCCCUGGCUUUGCCAUUUUUGCAUUCUGCCUCGAUCGUAUACGACAGAGCAGAGGGGAGAUAAGCCAAGACGAUGAUGGGGGAAAAGAUAGAGCUGACACGGAUACAGUCACAAUUUUUACAGUGCAGAUCGCAUCCCAUUGUACGGCGAUACAGAACUUGUUGGCGCUUUAUAAAUAUUAAUAAUAAUAAUAAUAAUAAUAAUAAUAAUAUGGAAUUAUUGGUGUCCGCUUAAUUAGGAGGCCGUAAGGCACUCUGCAAGCUGGCAGAUUCUUAUAGACGAAAUAAUAAACUGACACCACUAUACCACUAUACUAAUGAACCACUAUACUAUUAAACCACUAUACUAUUAAACCACUAUACUAAUAAACCACUAUACUAAUGAACCCCUAUACUAUUAAACCACUAUACUAUUAAACCACUAUACUAAUAAACCACUAUACUAAUGAACCCCUAUACUAUUAAACAACUAUACUAAUGAACCCCUAUACUAUUAAACCCCUAUACUAUUAAACCCCUAUACUAUUAAACCCCUAUACUAUUAAACCCCUAUACUAUUAAACCACUAUACUAAUGAACAACUAUACUAUUAAACCACUAUACUAUUAAACCACUAUACUAAUGAACCACUAUACUAUUAAACCACUAUACUAUUAAACCACUAUACUAUUAAACCACUAUACGAUUAAACCACUAUACUAAUGAACCACUAUACUAAUGAACCACUAUACUAUUAAACCACUAUACUAUUAAACAACUAUACUAUUAAACAACUAUACUAUUAAACCACUAUACUAUUAAACAACUAUACUAUUAAACCACUAUACUAUUAAACCACUAUACUAAUAAACCACUAUACUAAUAAACCACUAUACUAAUGAACCCCUAUACUAUUAAACCCCUAUACUAUUAAACCCCUAUACUAUUAAAACACUAUACUAUUAAACCACUAUACUAUUAAACCACUAUACUAAUGAACCACUAUACUAUUAAACCACUAUACUAUUAAACCACUAUACUAAUAAACCACUAUACUAAUGAACCCCUAUACUAUUAAACCACUAUACUAUUAAACCACUAUACUAAUAAACCACUAUACUAAUGAACCCCUAUACUAUUAAACAACUAUACUAAUGAACCCCUAUACUAUUAAACCCCUAUACUAUUAAACCCCUAUACUAUUAAACCCCUAUACUGUUAAACCACUAUACUAAUGAACAACUAUACUAUUAAACCACUAUACUAUUAAACCACUAUACUAAUGAACCACUAUACUAUUAAACCACUAUACUAUUAAACCACUAUACUAUUAAACCACUAUACGAUUAAACCACUAUACUAAUGAACCACUAUACUAAUGAACCACUAUACUAUUAAACCACUAUACUAUUAAACCACUAUACUAUUAAACAACUAUACUAUUAAACAACUAUACUAUUAAACCACUAUACUAUUAAACAACUAUACUAUUAAACAACUAUACUAUUAAACCACUAUACUAUUAAACCACUAUACUAAUAAACCACUAUACUAAUAAACCACUAUACUAAUGAACCCCUAUACUAUUAAACCCCUAUACUAUUAAACCCCUAUACUAUUAAAACACUAUACUAUUAAACCACUAUACUAAUGAACCACUAUACUAUUAAACCACUAUACUAUUAAACCACUAUACUAUUAAAAGGGACCAUACAUGAAGGUAUGGUCCCCUUUAAUUUGCAAUGAAAUUCUUUAAAUUUAAUUCUUGUAAAUUAACCAUCCUGGCGUCUUGCGCAUUGUGGCUGGGGUGAAAGGCUGAAAGGGGGCAGUUCAAUAAUGCAAUAGUCACUGGUGCUGCCAAAUGGUGUGGGUCUAACCAAAGGAUUGGCAGGUCAGCUAGGCAUUGCAUGCACCCCAGGCUACCUGUCCAUCACACAGGCCGUCCCACUGGUGGCACUGUUUCAACUCUCUCUGCAGGGUGCUAAUGCUUUUAGGCUAUGUUUGUUGAGGAUAGUUCUCUGGUGACCUCAAAAGAGGGAACACAGAGAACAAAGUCCUGAUCAUGGGACAUCACCCGAAAACUGGGACACCCUCCCGGCUGUCAAUCCGAUAACUGUGAUACACUCAGACACAUUACUGGGAGUAUUAUUACUGUGGAGCUCUGUUAUACACUCAGACACAUUACUGGGAGUAUUAUUGCUGUGGAGCUCUGUUAUACACUCAGACACAUUACUAGGAGUAUUAUUGCUGUGAAGCUCUGUUAUACACUCAGACACAUUACUGGGAGUAUUAUUGCUGUGGGCUCUGUUAUACACUCAGACACAUUACUGGGAGUAUUAUUGCUGUGGAGCUCUGUUAUACACUCAGACACAUUACUGGGAGUAUUAUUGCUGUGGAGCUCUGUUAUACACUCAGACACAUUACUGGGAGUAUUAUUGCUGUGGAGCUCUGUUAUACACUCAGACACAUUACUGGGAGUAUUAUUGCUGUGGAGCUCUGUUAUACACUCAGACACAUUACUGGGAGUAUUAUUGCUGUGGCGCUCUGUUAUACACUCAGACACCUUACUGGGAGUAUUAUUGCUUUGGAGCUCUGUUAUACACUCAGACACAUUCCUGGGAGUAUUAUUGCUGUGGAGCUCUGUUAUACACUCAGACACAUUACUGGGAGUAUUAUUGCUGUGGAGCUCUGUUAUACACUCAGACACAUUACUGGGAGUAUUAUUACUGUGGAGCUCUGUUAUACACUCAGACACCUUACUGGGAGUAUUAUUGCUGUGGAGCUCUGUUAUACACUCAGACACCUUACUGGGAGUAUUAUUGCUGUGGAGCUCUGUUAUACACUCAGACACAUUACUGGGAGUAUUAUUGCUGUGGAGCUCUGUUAUACACUCAGACACAUUACUGGGAGUAUUAUUGCUUUGGAGCUCUGUUAUACACUCAGACACAUUCCUGGGAGUAUUAUUGCUGUGGAGCUCUGUUAUACACUCAGACACAUUACUGGGAGUAUUAUUGCUGUGGGGCUCUGUUAUACACUCAGACACAUUACUGGGAGUAUUAUUGCUGUGGAGCUCUGUGAUACACUCAGACACAUUACUGGGAGUAUUAUUGCUGUGGGGCUCUGUCAUACACUCAGACACAUUACUGGGAGUAUUAUUACUGUGGAGCUCUGUCAUACACUCAGACACAUUACUGGGAGUAUUAUAGCUGUGGAGCUCUGUUAUACACUCAGACACAUUACUGGGAGUAUUAUAGCUGUGGAGCUCUGUUAUACACUCAGACACAUUACUGGGAGUAUUAUUGCUGUGGAGCUCUGUUAUACACUCAGACACAUUACUGGGAAUAUUAUUGCUGUGGAGCUCUGUUAUACACUCAGACACAUUACUGGGAGUAUUAUUGCUGUGGAGCUCUGUUAUACACUCAGACACAUUGCUGGGAGUAUUAUUGCUGUGGAGCUCUGUUAUACACUCAGACACAUUACUGGGAGUAUUAUUGCUGUGGGGCUUCGUUAUACACUGAGACACAUUACUGGGAGUAUUAUUGCUGUGGGGCUUCGUUAUACACUGAGACACAUUACUGGGAGUAUUAUUGCUGUGCAGCUCUGUUAUACACUCAGACACAUUACUGGGAGUAUUAUUGAUGUGGAGCUCUGUUAUACACUCGGACACAUUACUGGGAGUAUUAUUGCUGUUGAGCUCUGUUAUACACUCGGACACAUUACUGGGAGUAUUAUUGCUGUUGAGCUCUGUUAUACACUCAGCCACAUUACUGGGAGUAUUAUUGCUGUGGAGCUCUGUUAUACACUCAGACACAUUGCUGGGAGUAUUAUUGCUGUGGAGCUCUGUGAUACACUCACACACAUUGCUGGGAGUAUUAUUGAUGUGGAGUUCUGUUAUACACUCAGACACAUUACUGGGAGUAUUAUUGCUAUGGAGCUCUGUUAUACACUCAGACACAUUGCUGGGAGUAUUAUUGCUGUGGAGCUCUGUUAUACACUCAGACACAUUACUGGGAGUAUUAUUGCUGUGGAGCUCUGUUAUGCACUCAGACACAUUACUGGGUGUAUUAUUGCUGUGGAGCUCUGUUAUACACUCAGACACAUUACUGGGAGUAUUAUUGCUGUGGAGCUCUGUUAUGCACUCAGACACAUUACUGGGUGUAUUAUUGCUGUGGAGCACUGUUAUACACUCAGACACAUUACUGGGAGUAUUAUUGAUGUGGAGCUCUGUUAUACACUCAGACACAUUACUGGGAGUAUUAUUGCUGUGGAGCUCUGUUAUACACUCAGACACAUUACUGGGAGUAUUAUUGCUGUGGAGCUCUGUUAUACACUCAGACACAUUACUAGGAGUAUUAUUGCUGUGGGCUCUGUUAUACACUCAGACACAUUACUGGGAGUAUUAUUGCUGUGGAGCUCUGUUAUACACUCAGACACAUUACUGGGAGUGUUAUUACUGUGGAGCUCUGUUAUACACUCAGAAACAUUACUGGGAGUAUUAUUGAUGUGGAGAUCUGUUAUACACUCAGACACAUUACUGGGAAUAUUAUUGCUGUGGAGCUCUGUUAUACACUCAGACACAUUACUGGGAGUAUUAUUGCUGUGGAGCUCUGUUAUACACUCAGACACAUUACUGGAGUAUUAUUGCUGUGGAGCUCUGUUAUACACGCAGACACAUUACUGGGAGUAUUAUUGCCGUGGAGCUCUGUUAUACACUCAGACACAUUACUGGGAGUAUUAUUGCUGUGGAGCUCUGUUAUACCCUCAGACACAUUACUGGGAGUAUUAUUGCUGUGGAGCUCUGUUAUACACUCAGACACAUUACUGGGAGUAUUAUUGCUGUGGAGCUCUGUUAUACACCCAGACAAAUUACUGGGAGUAUUAUUGCUGUGGAGCUCUGGUAUACACCCAGACACAUUACUGGAAGUAUUAUUGCUGUGGAGCUCUGUUAUACACUCAGACACAUUACUGGGAGUAUUAUUGCUGUGGAGCUCUGUUAUACACUCAGACACAUUACUGGGAGUAUUAUGUCUGUGGAGCUCUGUUAUACACCCAGACACAUUACUGGGAAUAUUAUUGCUGUGGAGCUCUGUUAUACACUCAGACACAUUACUAGGAGUAUUAUUGCUGUGGAGCUCUGUUAUACACCCAAACACAUUACUGGGAGUAUUAUUGCUGUGGAGCUCUGUUAUACACCCAGACACAUUACUGGGAGUAUUAUUACUGUGGAGCUCUGUUAUACACUCAGACACAUUGCUGGGAGUAUUAUUGAUGUGGAGCUCUGUAAUACACUCAGACACAUUACUAGGAGUAUAAUUGAUGUGGAGCUCUGUUAUACACUCAGACACAUUACUAGGAGUAUUAUUGCUGUGGAGCUCUGUUAUACACCCAGACACAUUACUGGGAGUAUUAUUGAUGUGGAGCUCUGUUAUACACUCAGACACAUUACUGGGAGUAUUAUUGAUGUGGAGCUCUGUUAUACACUCAGACACAUUACUGGGAGUAUUAUUACUGUGGAGCUCUGUUAUACACUCAGACACAUUACUGAGUAUUAUUGAUGUGGAGCUCUGUUAUACACUCAGACACACCAACAAUAUGGAGCGCAUUAGGAUAGAAAAAGAGUACAGAGGGAUUUGGGCCCAAAAUAGGGACUGUCCUUACGAAAAAGUAACAGUUGUGAGAUAUGUGACUUCCAUACUACUCACGUGGCUUUUUGUGGGUUUUGGUAGCCAUUUAGUGAAUUCCUGGUUUCUGUGAUUGAUUGAUUUUAGUUUUGACCUUGGCUCUUGUGUCUGCUUUGAUUAGCUUUCUAGUGUUCCCCUGACCUGGCCAUCUUUUCAAGUUCAUGUCUUCUUGAUUCCCUUCCCUUGGCUAGUAUUCUCGCUGACGCUCUUUUUUUUUCCCUCCUCAGAGGCAUGUUGUUCAGCCAUGACUGUUGUUUCGUAAGGACCAUUAACUUGUCUCAAUGUCACUAUCCAUCUUUCUCAUCUGUCAAAUCUUUCUUUGUAGAUUCCAACCUUUACUGCACAGGCGAGGGUCAGUUACAUCCUGACAAUAAGUCAUGCAAAAAUGUCAUGAAUGACAGCAAGAUUGUAUCGGUUCCAAUUUAUUUUCAUUAUUUCCUCUUAUUUAUCUGUAUUUCAAAAAUAAAAAUCUGACAUGAUAUGUGGGUAUAUGCAUGCUUGAUGCCAUCAGAUGUUGUAUGGGCCAAUCUAUAAUCCGAAGUCUUCUGGCAGUAUUCAGGUAAGUAGAUCUGUUGGUUGGUGACUAUGUAUCAUGUAUUUCUGCAGUCCGUAACGAUUGCUGUUAACCGGUUUAUUUUCAUCUCAGAUCCCUCCUCUUGCACCUCUCCCUUUGCCAAUCUUUACAUUGGGUCCCUGUACCUUGUGGGAUACAGUUCUAAAUAUUAACAUUUAAAUACAAAACUCGUAAUGCUUCAACCUUUCAUUAAAAGUAUUCACUGAUUCAUAGGUUCAAACCUUUUCUGCCGGAGACGUCUUUCUGUCCGCGGUUUACGUACGUACUACUCUCCCUGAAAAGAUUUCUCGAGCACCGCUCCAUUCCUGCAGUACAGCCUGUGUACCAAUCAGACUUUCUCAUACUCUUCAGUCCCUUAGGAAGUCCCAAACACACAUCUCUUUGGGCAAGCCUAUAGCCUCCUCGGGUAAUUCCAUUUGUUAGGUCUUUGUUAGAUCAGGUUUGAUCAACAUUUUUUUUCAUUAGAUCUACUCUAAAAUAUGCGAUAUUAACAAUCAUUGUCGGGGGGGCUAACCCAUAGCCAGCCCCCCCUCAACAAAAAUUUGUACAAAAUGUUGUUGAUUAUGAUAGCUCUACGUUAGAUCAGGUUUGAUCAGGCAAAAUCAGGCUGAGAUAUUGCAUAUAUAAUUAGGGGGGGCUGGCCCCCCCUCAACUGAAAUUUGGACAAAAUGUUACUGAUUCUGGUAGCUACUUGUUAGAUCAGGUUUGGUCAACAGUUUUUUUCGUUAGAUCUAUCACGCAAGAGGCGGUAUUCACUACUUAACUUUGUGGGCGUUACUACGGGUUAGCCCUCCCUCAAGUGAAAUUUUAAUUUUUUUUUUAUUGAUUUUUGUAGAUAUUCGUUAGAUCAGGUAAGGUCAACUGUUUUUUUUGUUAGAUCUAACAAAAAUUUUGCCUGAUCAAACCUGAUCUAACGUAGAACUAUCAUAAUCAACAACAUUUUGUACAAAUUUUUGUUGAGGUGGGGCUGGCUACGGGUUAGCCCCCCCUGACAAUGAUUGUUAAUAUCGCAUAUUUUAGAGUAGAUCUAACGAAAAAAAUAGUUGAUCAAACCUGAUCUAACAAAGAUCUAACAAAUGGAAUAAUCUUUUGUUAAAAUUCUCAAUAUGGGGGGCUACCCCGGGGGUGGUUAAUAUUUUUGUAUAAACUGUAAAAAAAAAAUAAUAAUAAUAAUUUUUUUGUCAAAAAAAAAUAUUAAAAGGUAUUAAAUCAAUCAGUAAACUUCACUCUCCUCCUUCCAGCUCUGCUUGUCCACAUUCGCUCGAGCCUCUUAUCCCACUUGUUUGUCUUUCCUCUUUUUAUAGCUUAUUUCCUAGAUUGCAAGCUGGCCCAAGACCCAUUUACUUAUAAAGGUUUUUAAGUGAAGAAUAAAUGCUUAGGAGUGUCUAUUACAAGUACUGAUCUUUAACUACUGAUUUUUGUGGGUUUCCUUGUGCAAGGCCUAUAUUUAAGUUUUAUUGCUCUGGUUCCCCAACCUAUACUCUGCAUAUGCCUUUUUAUAUAGCGUGAUGCCCAGGUAUUUUCUUAGUGUAUAAGUGAUUUGCCACCACUAGGACUCAGAAGUUGGCCGCCACUGGGCUGGAUUUAUACCUGUGUGCCUCCAAGGAAGUUUGGUGGUUCUAUGAACAGAUGUCUUUUAGGAAGUUUUUAAGUUUCUGAAGAGUGUGCACUAGCUAAUGGUAAAAGGCUGAUCAUUUCUUGACUUCUUCAUGAGUCCGCUGACACAUUCUCUCUUUUCUCUCUACAGUGACGUCACAUUCGUGGUAGGAAAACGACGGCAGGUCAUUCACGCUCAUCGCUGCAUCUUGGCCAGUCGUUGUAAGGUUUUCCAUGGCAUGUUCCUCAAUCAGUUAAAGGAGAAGAAAUCCUCUGAGGAGCUGCAGGUUCCGUUUGUGUUGGCAGACAUGAAUCCUGAUGUCUUCCUGGCCGUGUUGGAGUUCCUCUAUACCAACAGUGUAACUCUCAACAGUGUCAUUGUGAGUGCAUUCUAAAGAUUUUUACACAAUCCUAAUACCUUGCCAAUUGGAUACCUAUAUAAUAUAUACAUAGCGCUUUUUAAAACAUGUUUGUGGGCUUUGAACAUCUUAUCAUGCAGUCAAUGCUGCCAUUUUCAAUGCUCUUAAGUUAAUGCAAACUUGUUUAAGGGUUAAGUAUUAGGGCUUUGGUGAUGUAGUUCUUCAGUGGACCCUAUAUCCUAAAAAGCCUAAACACUACAAACCUUAGUCUUACAAACCUCUAACUUAAACAGACUGAUCCCUAAAAUCCUUAAUGCCAAAAAGAUAAAAAUAAAUUCCUGAUCAGCCCAUGUAUGGAUUAACUCCAACAGUUGACUAAUAGAUGGUGUUGUUGCCCUAAUUAAAAGGAUAGCCUAAGCAUUAUAACCACUAUAGCCAUCUCUAUUGGUUGUGUUUUCUAGAGUCCCCUGGUGCCAUUCCCGCGAUAAGAGCCAAAGAAAGUGCUUUAGAACAGUUUGACACAUACCUGGACUGGCCUCUUCUUAAAAUAUCAAAAACCAAAGUCCCUACUUCUGCAUUGGUGGCACCAAACCUGCCUGUGUUUUGAUGGAAUUCAUUGGCUCAGAACAUAAACAGACACUCUUGGCCAAUAAAAUCUGUCCAAAUUGAAAUUGAUAUAUCUGUUAGCGAAGGGGAUCUUCCAUUAUAGAAAUAAAUGAGAAGCGGGCUUGACCAGAGGUGCAAGGGGACCCAAUUAGGUGCCAAACUGUAAAAAGCCAGGGGACCGGGCACAGUGCAGCAGAAUCUGAUGGAAGACGAUGUAGAAGGUACAGUCAGGGUUAAUCUUCCUGAGCCAGCAUCAAGUUGCUUAACAUCACGGAUAUUGUCUUUUGUGUUUGACCCAUUUAUCACAAGGUUUUGUUAUGUUCCACAGUUCAGUUGCUCAACUUCUAUUCCUGUCUGGUGUUGUGUCCAGGAAGUGGUUAAGUCACUGAUGUAUUACUGUGAUUGCGAUCAGCUCUUGCUUUGCUUUGUGUAAUGGUUUAUAUCUUCAAUGGGAUGUGUCGUACAGCACUGACCACUGUUUUUCUUCAUGCACAGACAGGACUGAAACUGUUGCUCAAUCUGGCAACAGUUGGCUGCUUUCAGCUUGUGAUUAGCUCCAAUCAUAGUGUUAAUGCAACUCCACAAAGUAUCCAAUGUGUGUAACAAUGUGACUUUAGGGCUGCAGAGAUUUUAGCAAAAUUCUAAGAAAGUUAGAGUUAGGAGCACAGAACAGAUGAACCCCAAAUACAAAAUGUUGUGCAAAACAAUCCAAAAACAAGGCGGUAUCUGUAAAACGCAUCUCCGUCCAUAGCUGUACCCAUUGUUUGAAUGGUUGAUGGGACAGAUAUUCCCAGAGGGAACAGGGAUAUUGUCCACCAAUCCUCUCGCUGCCCCUUGUAAUCGCUAAAAUACAUUAAUAAAAUAAGUUAAAGAGAACGUUUGUUGGUGAUAGUAAUUGAUUGAUGUCAUUUAAAAACCUUAGGCAUUCACCUGUACUGGACUGCAUAUCCCAUAAUUCCAUUAGCUUUGCAGAUGAUCAUAGUACAUAGCAGCUAUUGACAGCCAGGGCUGGAUGCUAAGUAAACACAGAACAUUUUUAUGGGGGGAAACUUGUUAGAAGAGGGGUGCAGAUUUUAAGGUGGUUUUACUGGAAGUGUAAUUACAGGGUUAAAAGGUUCACACUAUGUCUUUUGAUGUGUACAGACCCUGGAGGUGCUAACUUCGGCCGUGGAGUAUGGAUUGGAUGACCUGCGAAAGGUAAAUUAUUUAGCUUCAGACAUUUCCUAAGUAAUAAGAGUUUUGUAAGGAGGAGGAAGUAGAUUUUCUUUAAAAAAAAAUAUCUGUGUUUUUUUUCAAUAAUAUGGAAAAAUUCAACAAUUCAAAUUUGAUUUUACUCAAUUUCAUAUAAAGGUUAUUGUUGAUGGUACUGGUAUGUGUUAACACUGGGUUUCUGGGAUUCUAAUGUUAGCCUCAUGUUUUUAUCUCCGUGAUGUGUUUUUAUACAUUAUUAUAUUUCAUUUAACAAAAGUAAUCUGUUUACAUAGGAAUUAGAAAAUGGAAUACAAUGCUUGCAGGGAGGGGUUGGCAACCACAAGGGAGGCAUAGAGAGGUUUUGCACAUGGCUGAUGAAAAUGAUGUUGACGUCCUGUUCUAUACUUCAAAUAAAUUGUUUUAAGCAUUGUGUGAAGGAAUAUACUAUUCAUAUAAGAGGAUGGUGCAUUCUGUUGUAAUAUGCCAAGAACAAAUAGUCUAUAUCUUGAUAUAUAAAGCGCACUGUACUGAUGAGCUGUGCAGGCUCCUGUUACAAUGUCGGUUGGUUGAAGCAAUGCGUUUUGUGCACAGUGAUAUUUAAAACACUGUUGGUUUGUUAUUCAGCCCUACUGACAUAUUGUCUGUGUCUAUGCCUAGUUUGUCACUUUUUAUUAUCCCUUAAAUACUUGUGAAAUUAUGUGUAAUGGGGAAUUGUGCAGGAAAAAAAUAUGAAACUGGAACAACCCGCAGUUACAUUUCAUUUACAAAUAGUUCAGCUUUCGGCAUGAAAGUGAAAUAAUACAUUUAUGGCCCAUUCCUGGGAGUGAGGGAUGUUCCUGAUUGUAAAAUAUAGUUGUCUUAUUUAUUUAUUUAUUUAAUAUAUGAUUCUAUUCCUUUAUGAUUAUGUUUAUCAGUCCAACAAUCUGUUGGCUAGUGAUUGCCCCCAGGGGCCGUGGCUGUUUUGUAGAACUUGCCUGGAAUGUGGAAUCCAGACUAGUAAAAAGGAUUCUUUAAAUGCCGCAAUAUUUCGAAGUGAUUAGUGAUAUGCCCGAGAUCGUGACUGCCAUGUGAUCUGACAAACUGCACGAUUUGGUUCUUUAAUGAGCAUCCAUAAAUAGUCUGUAACGGGAUGCACAGCUACAUGAAUCAUGGCAUCAAAUGAUCUGUAGAUCUGUGAUUGUGAGCAGACAGUGGGGUUUAAUCAGGAAAAUGUGGAGAAUUACAUGUUUUAGGCCGCAGUAGCUGAAUUGGGAAAGAAACUGCUGUUUUUGUACCGCAGCUAUUUUGGACAAAAUUUUGCAAUUCCUUUGUCACACGUUAAUCUUCCACAAUUCACAUUAUAGUAAAAAAAAAAACAACAACCCAUUAGUUUAUUUUUCUUUAAGGAUAAUUACUAACAGGGUUAUUUACUAAAGUAAGAAUUCAAAGUGAAUAUUCUUACUUUAGUAAAUAACCCUGUUCUUUACUAAAUUAGCCGAAAUGAAAGCAUAGGUGAUAAGAUCAUUUUGGCUAUUUAGAUUUAAUAUUCACCUUCAAUUCACUUUGAAUUCUCACUGUAGUAAAUGACCCUGGGAUUAUUCAGCAUAGCUGUAAAGCUAAGGUUGAUAACACCGUAUCGGUUUAGUUAAUCAAUUGAUCAGAAGUUGCAGCCCUGAUCCACGAGUCAGUAAUACACAAAAAGCACGUAUACAAGUAAACCCUGUACCCGUAGUGGGGAGCUGUGAGAGAAUUGGGUAACUUACCCCUUAUAAUCUCGAAAAAAACUGAGUACUUCAAAUUAUGUGCGUCUAUAAAAAACAUACAAGAAUAGAAUAUAGUUUAGAUAGUGGUAAAAUUAGAAUUUUUUGUUUUCAAGAAAAAUGGGUCACUCACAUUUAAAAGAGCCUGUAUAUUGGCUCUGUAAGUGAUAUAAAUUACACGAUACGGUAAUGCUAAUGAACAUUUUACAUUUCCAACAAAGUAGGUUUAUAAGAGGGAAAGCUGUAUUUUCAAUAACAUGCCCUGGUUUCCUUAGCGCAGAUUUGAUAUGCACUUAUUAUAUAAAUGGGGAUGCAGGUCACUGCUUGAUCCAGUAAUGUAGCCAUUCAGCCGGUACAUUUUAUCACUCAUGUCUAAUCACAGACAAGACUUUGAGGACAAUAAACAUCUAACCAUUUGUUUGUAUUCCUUGUUUAGAGAAGAGUUUUUAUUACUGAACCAUCUGUUGGGCAAGGAGCCCCCUUUUCAGAAUCUUUAAUAUAUUCGAGGACUCCACCAGCUGAAUAACUGUCCUCCUGCCGUAAGGCAAUGUCUUGGUAUAACAGUAUUAACUGCUGUUUCAGCGGAUUGGCUCUCGAUGUAUCAAAAAAUCCAACUGGCGAUGUGACGUCAACUUUUAUUUAUUUGGCCAAAUCUCCGUAAUAUAAAAUGAACACAUUCUUUUUGCGUUAACGGCGUUAUGGUGGAUCUAGAGCUGCUUAAUUUACCAAUAUUUUUUCUGGACAAACAGAACUUCUUCUUUGUGCUGAUGGGCAGUUAAUGAAAAGUGCUUCCCUGCAGUAUGCAGAGUUUGCAUGCUUCUGGAAUGAAAACGACUGAUUGCUGACAGAGGGAUCCCAAAGGAUCAUUUUGUUUCCCUCCUGCAGCGUGUGAAUGCUACUUACUGCAGGGAAGCAAUUUUUCGACUUGUGUUAUUUCUGUCCCGGAAAGCACAGCAGAUCUGGAAGCCCUAAGUGAGUGUACCCUUCCCCUGUACUUCUAUUUUUACUCUCAAAAUGUCCAUUGUCUUCUCUGGCUGUGCUUGGGAUGAAAGCAAACUGUGUUCUAUUAAUAAAGCCACAGGAAAUGACUGCAGAACGGAAAAGGGGCUCUGGUGCCAAAAUUUGCACAGCUGUUGAGAAGACUUCCUUCCAACGAGGAUCACAAUCACAAUGUUUGCCUUUUAUUAAUGCAUUCUAUCUUAAAUGUAUUAGAACGAUAAGGAUUGCUUUAAAUAUAAAAUAUCAGCAUUUUCAUAAACUUGUUUUGCAAAGAAAACUUUCUUUUUAAUUCUUGAUGAAUUGAACAAAGCAGAGCAGGACAAUACAAACAGAUUUCAUUUAUUGGGAGGCUAAUUCAUCGAUAUAAUGAGCACAGCAAAACACAGUUAUAUUCACUCAACUAUUUACUGAUAAUAGACCUGCAAACUUUGGGCAAAAAAUUUGAUCUCGAGAAACUCUACAAUAGUCACAGCUUGGCUACUUUCCAGCUGACCACAAAUUCUAGCGUUUCUGGAAUAAACCUCACCGUGUAAUAAAAAUUGAAUAUUUUACAGAGGUCCGAAACGGAGAGGAAACAUGGGGCCAGAAUUCGUUCAGCUGUUGAUACGAUAAUGAAAUAAAAUGACGAAACGUGAUUAAGAUCAUUUAAAACAUUACAGAUUGCACAUGUGGUCUACUGUUUGAGGGCUAAGCAGCUUUAGAGACAAAUUAUUUACAGGUUCAUUUUUUAAAUUAGUUUUUUAUAAGAUUACUGGAAACAUAAGCUGGAUACUUUGGACUGGAGGAGUCUGGUACAAGUUGGGCACACUUCUCCCUGAUAGAAUAAAAAUGGUAUCUCGGAGGAAGGGGAUGUAUGACUGCAUCCAGCUCUGAUUUACCCCUGGCCACCACUGAAUGCCAUUGGCAUGUGGACAGUAUAGUUGUCUUUGAACUAAGAGAACCAUUGGACAUAGGCUGAUUGAAUUGCUCUUACUGUACAGGUCAGGGGAAGUCUGGCAGUUCGGGGGGUGGGGAGGUUAGAGAAAUUGCCUCCAUGGCCACUAGUAUAGAGGGGCUGUGGCCCACAGCAUCCCAGCAUUAGCUUUCUUCUGAUUAAAAGUAGAGGGAGGUGCGCUGUGAUAUUUGUUAGCAGAGUACUGCAGAGCAAAGGAAUUGUGCAGGGCAUGUGUGGGUAGUCUGUUUGGGUUUCAAAGCAUACUUGCCAAUUUUCCCUCCCCACCAUCUGGGAUGGAGGUGGGCAGGCAAGAAUGCAGGCUGCACGGUGGGGCCGAUCCAUCAAAGUGCAGCCCUCCUGGCUAGGCUCCCUAGAGAGGGUGGCCAGGCUUACUGACAGCUUGCCCCGUCCAGCAGACCAUGCAGGGAGCACGCUAUGCAUGGUCCUUGUGCCCUUGGAUUUUAAAAUGCAGAAUUCCCCAGGACCUAUUAAUACUGGGACAAUAACCCCAAAUGUGGGACUGUCCUGGCAAAUCUGGGAAUGUUGGUAGCUAAGGACUUUGUGCUUGGCGGCUCACAAUAUUAUUCUGAACUGGCCAUCUGGGAUAUUUCCCCAAAUCUAUGAGUUUUACGCAAAAGAAUCCAUCCAUUUCUACUUGCCCCCAAUCCAAAAGUUGUCAGACCUGCCGGAUACUAGUCAUUAUUCCUCUGAUCCAAAGCUUAUUCCUGCCAGCAAACCAUGUCUUUUCUUCCCAGUAUGCUGAUUCACCUUCACACGUUUUACUGUUGGAUAAUGUUUGGUGAUUAGGUUUAAUUUGGUAAAUCUCCUUCUUUUGAUACAAUAAUGUCUCCCAUCAUGCGCAGGCCUGAGGCCUCGAAACUGAAAAAUAUGGCCUUUACAGACAAAACUGUUUGUUGCAUUUUCUGACUACAGAUCAAAUAAAAAAAUUAAAGCGAUAAUUUGUUCUUCCAUGGGUACAUUGGGAACAUGGCAUCAUCCCCCGUUCCUGCACACUGGGAUUCCGAUUGGCUGCGGUCCACACUUCUUUUCUGUAGCCUCAAAUGGAGUUCUGUGAUUCCAAGAUGGCUGCCUCCACGCUGAAACACUGGCUCCUAUGGCUAUAUUUACUAUUGCCUUGCUACAGGCAAAUAGUUCUCAAAAUAUAUCGUUUUCUGCUGAUUCUUGGAAAUAAAUAGUUAGCGGCAGUGUAAGAAAAAUUACUCUUUGCUUAGAAAAAGUGACACUAUUGUACUGGCGUGUAAGUUAUUGCUUCCUAUAAGCACACGCUCUGUUGACAUGCAGAAUAUUUUAAUAUAAUUUAUGGUGUCACGCUGACUGAUAGAGCAAUAUGGCGCGCACUUUUAGGUCUUCUUCUAAGCUAUAUUGCUCAAGCAGCCUGCAUGAUACCUUAAAUGCAACAAGUUACAAAAUAUGCCUUGCAGAAUGCGUGUCAAGGAGCUACCAGGAAAUGCUUUAGGACUAGGAAAGGGGAGGAACAAAUAUAUAUGUAUUACAUUAAAAUAAAAUAUGUAUGUUCCAAGAUCCUGAGAAGAUGACUGCAGAUUAAUGCAGACCCCUCGCUCACUAAGAGGCCUCUUAUUCUGGUCUAUGGGGUUUGGUCUUAUCGCCCCAAUCCCUCUCCAGCAGUGGUUUAUGGGAUACGUAGUUUAUCUCCCAGCUGUUGUUCUGUUCUUCACAUGGGACUAGUGGAAAGGCAGCUGCUAUCAGAUUAAACAAGGUGUGGUUCACAGUGGGCUGAGUGCGGCAGGGGAUGAGAGAGGCCUACAUACCUCUCACCUGUCCAAGGUUGGUCGAGACCAUCCCGCAUUCAAGGUUCUAUCCCACAGGGGGCCACUGCAGGAAUGUCCCAGAUCAGGAUAAAUCGAUUGACUCGCACUGUGCAGUGAACUUCAGAACUGCUGUCUGAGGCAGGGCUUCUCACCCCGUCCCAGAUUACAUAUCUCCAACAUUGGGAGAAAUGGACGUCGGUGUGAGUUCUGCAUGUGAAUGCCACGUGGACAGCUUGGGUAAAAUGAUGUCGGCAAGAUUCGGCAGCUUGCAACUAAGCGAUCCGCCUGCCUGACUGUCAGCUCUGAGGGCCUGUCUUGCCGUGUGGGAUUUAUUUAUUUUUAAUUAGAGAAGUUAUAAGGAACUUUCGAAGCUGAGACUGAGUGAGUGAAUUGUAUGGUGCUUAGAUUAUUUCUUUGACAAAAUGUUAAUUCAGAAACAGAAUAAAUAUUUUAAGUGCUGCAAUCUAUUCGUGUAAAGAUUUUAAUUCCACAAUAUUAAUUUCUAACCUUUGUGUGUUCCAUGUAAAGUGCGCCCUUUUAAAAAAUCCUUCCUGUUCCGUUGCCGGUUUCUUGUACCAUGAGCCGCAAAUUAAACCAUGGUAUCUACCCCAUGCUCUGAGUCAGGUAAAGAGGUAUCUACCCCAUGCUUUGAGUCAGGUGAAGAGGUAUCUACCCCAUGCUUUGAGUCAGGUCAGGGCCGGCCUUAGGGGUGUGCGAGCUGUGCGGCCGCACAGGGCGCCAUGGCAACAGGGGCGCCAGGCGGCUGACACAUCUCGCACUCAGUCACUCACAGUUCGGCCCGAGUCAUGUACAGAGCAAGUCAAGUGCAUAAUGCUGUGCACUUGACUUGCAAAUUAUGAAGAGAGCAGCGGCCGGGAGAGAAAGUAGGUCAAGAGCACGGAGGAAGAGCGUGCUCCGCCUCCACAGUCAUUCGCGGAAGGAUCCACACAGUCAGUUUGAGGGAGGUGGUCAGUGCUUUGGUAUCAAGGUCGGCAAACUGGGACACUGUCAGGAGGGGCCAGGGAGCAGCAAGCUUCAAUGUGAGUCUGCUCAUUCUUGUUAUAACUAUUGCAUUUUUUUAUCAAAUAGAUUUUUUUUUGUUUUUUUUUAAGGGUGGCAGGUGUUUUUGUGUGUGGGGGGGGGAUUUGCAGAAGGGAGAGCAGAGGUUUUCUAGCUGGGAUUUUGGGACAGGGGUUUUGGUUUAUGGAGGAGCAGAGGUUUUAUAGAAGGGGUUAGGGGUUUUGUAAAAUAGGGGGUAGAGGUUUUGGUGUAGGGGAGAGGUUUUGUAGAAGAGGGGGCAAGCAUUUCUGGUGAAGUGGCAGAGGAAAGGAUUUUGUGGAGGGAGCAUGGGUUUUGUUGAAGAGGGGGCAGGGGGUUUGUAGAGGGGGCAGGAGUUUAGUAUAAGGGAGGCAGGAGUUUAGUAUAAGGGGGACUGGGGUUUAGUAUAAGGGGAGCAGGGGUUUAGUAUACGGGGGUCAGGUGUUUAGUAUAAGGGGGCAGGAGUUUAGUAUAAGGGGCAGGGGUUUAGUAUAAGGGAGCAGGGGGUUUAGUAUAAGGGAGCAGGGGUUUAGUAUUUGGGGAGCAGGGGUUUAGUAUAAGGAGAGCAGAGGUUUAGUAGAAGGGGAGCAGGGGUUUAUGUAGAAGGGGAGCAGGAGUUUAGUAUAAGGGGAGCAGGAGUUUAGUAUAAGGGAGCAGGGGUUUAGUAUACGGGGAGCAGGAGUUUAGUAUAAGGGGAGCAGGGGUUUAGUAUAAGGGGAGCAGGGGUUUAGUAUAAGGAGAGCAGAGGUUUAUGUAGAAGGGGAGCAGGGGUUUAGUAUAAAGGAGCAGAGGGUUUAGUAUACGGGGAGCAGGAGUUUGGUUUAUAAGGGGGAGCAGGGGUUAGUAUAGGGAGCAGAGGUUUAUGUAGAAGGGGAGCAGGGGUUUAGUAUAAAGGAGCAGGGGUUUAGUAUAAGGGGAGCAGAGGUUUAUAUAGAAGGGGAGCAGGGGUUUAGUAUAAGAGGAGCAGAGGUUUAAAUAGAAGGGGAGCAGAGGUUUAGUAUAAGGGAGCAGAGGUUUAGUAUAAGGGAGCAGAGGUUUAUGUAGAAGGAGAGCAGAGGUUUAUGUAGAAUGAGUGCAGGGCUUUUGUAGAGGGUGGCAGUGGUUUUGGUGGAGGGGGAAGGUUUUUAGUGAUAUUAUGUGUACAUUACUGUAUAGUAGAUAUAUAUAAUGAUAGCAUGUGUUUUGUUAAAGGAGGAGAAGGAAUUUUGUAGAACGGUGGGCAGGGGUUUUAUUAAAGGGGGAGCAGGGUUUUUGUAGAAGGGGCAGGGGUUUUAUUAAAGGGAGGCAGAGUUUUUGUAGAAAGGGGGGCAGGGGUUUUGUGGAAGGGUUUUGUAGUAGGCGGAACAGGGCUAUUGUUGAAGGGGCAAGGGUUUUGCUGCAGGGGGGGCGCCACGUGUUGGGUUCGCACAGGGCGCCUGAUUACCUAAGGCCGGCCCUGAGUCAGGUGAAGAGGUUUCUACCCCAUGGUUUGAGUCAGGUAAAGAGGUAUCUACCCCAUGCUUUGAGUCAGGUAAAGAGGUAUCUACCCCAUGCUCUGAGUCAGGUAAAGAGGUAUCUACCCCAUGCUCUGAGUCAGGUAAAGAGGUAUCUACCCCAUGCUUUGAGUCAGGUAAAGAGGUAUCUACCCCAUGCUUUGAGUCAGGUAAAGAGGUAUCUACCCCAUGCUCUGAGUCAGGUAAAGAGGUAUCUACCCCAUGCUUUGAGUCAGGUAAAGAGGUAUCUACCCCAUGCUUUGAGUCAGGUAAAGAUGUAUCUACCCCAUGCUUUGAGUCAGGUAAAGAUGCACGUACUCCAUGCUUUGAAUCAGGUAAAGAGGUACCUACUCCAUGCUUUGAAUCAGGUAAAGAGGUACCUACUCCAUGCUUUGAAUCAGGUAAAGAGGUAUCUACCCCAUGCUUUGAGUCAGGUAAAGAGGUACCUACUCCAUGAUUUGAGUCAGGUGAAGAGGUAUCUACCCCAUGCUUUGAGUCAGGUGAAGGAUUGUCUGCCCCAUGCUUUGAGUCAGAUGAAGAGUUACCUGCCACAUGCGUGGAGUCAGGCAAAGAGGUAUUUACACCAUGCUGUGAGUCAGAUGAAAAGGUUUCUGCGACAUGCUUGGAGUCAGGUGAAGCGGUUUCUGCCACAUGCUUUGAGUCAGGUAAAGAGGUUUCUACCCCAUGCUUUGAGUCAGGUUAUGGGAGAUCCACAUGUUUUAAUCAAAUAAUAUAUUUGUAAGUAUAAUUAAGUUCCUGGACUUUCCAUUAAGUUUCCUUCAAAGCAGCUUUUGUUACUUUGAAUUUAAGUCUCUAAUCAGCAGAUUGUUUGGAAAAUGCCUUAGGAAUGAAUUAGGGGUGUUUAAUGUACUAAGAUUGAAAGUUGUGCUCCAGCACGGUCAGCGUAUCCGAGCCUCCGACUGCCCACAAUCACUGCUUGAUGGUUUCAGGGUGCAGAAACCAGGCUUAUAAUAACCAGAGCUGAUAGGGAAGAGAAGAAAUAGAUUUGUCUAAUCCCAAAACAGGGUGGAGGAAGAAAAGAAAAUAUAAAAGAACUUGUCACACUAGACACCGCAGUGACACCAGGCGAGGACAUCGCUGUGACCUGUCUGAGAGAUGAAACAGAAGAAAUGCUGAAGACGCCUAUGAAACUUGGUUAAUGAUCCAUUAGUAGGUGUGUUAUCCAGAAUGACUUGCAAUCCAGAAGAGCAUUCACCUCGGCAACAUGUUAUUUAUACAUAAACAUACUAAGGAAAGUGGACCUGCAAAUGGCAAUGCUUCAUUUAAAUGAGUGAUGAAGCUUCCCUUCGACAUAGUGUAACUGAGUGCUAAUAAUGCAGAAUACAAUGUAGCCAACAAAGAUACAGGUACCUCCUGCUUUUGUUUCAUCUCUGCAGAGGGACUGUAAAUGGUGGCACUCUGUGUCUGUCAAACUGCAUGGCUGCACGCUAGCAGCUAGGGAGGAAUACACUGAGCACACUGAUACUCUACAAGUAUACCCUCAGGACCAAUCAGGAAAGUGGUUCAUGACUGCUGGAGUGGUGAUGGUUAAAGCAUGGGCCGCUAGUUGGGUACAUGUGUUAUAGUGAUUGGGGCUUACUCUCUUCAAUCCAGGCAGCAGGAUGGUUAGCUAAUAUACAGGCAGCCUCACCUUGUUUGAUUCUUGUUGUUUGUUUUCUUCGUUGUCUGCUUGUGUUUUUCUUUUGUUGUUGUCACAGCGGUGGAAGAUGCCUUGCCAGCUCAAUGUUAAAGUCAAGCUGCUACAAUUGUGGAGAUUGGGGUGAUGUGCCUGACCUGAAGAAGUAAGGGGGCAUAAGCACUUGGCAACUACCUGGGGGAACUGCCUGCUGCCUUAUUGAGCAGAACCAGGCGGAGUAUUAACCAGCUGGCAAUAAAAAUGUUAACGUUCAAUAAAAGUGUGGCCUACACCUUGUGCCAAAUGAGUUAUGGUGUCUUGAGUAUUAUCGGAGCCAGUUUGUUAUUGGGGUUUGGUAUCGCAGUCCUUAGCAGUCACGGCUUUUUAUUGGCUGCAGUAGUAGCUUGCAACACCCAGUAUAGCUCAAAUAAUUGGCCGCUGCACUUUAUAUAUGUUAUUAUUUAUAUAGCGCCAACAAACUUUAUAUAUGUUAUUAUUUAUAUAGCGCCAACAAACUUUAUAUAUGUUAUUAUUUAUAUAGCGCCAACAAACUUUAUAUAUGUUAUUAUUUAUAUAGCGCCAACAAACUUUAUAUAUGUAAGCAUUGGUUUUAUAUUCUGGGGCCUUUUUUAAGAAUCUGUAUUCCAGAAUUAACACCAGGUUCUUCACAAAUAUCCAUUAGUAGGGUAUUAGACCCAUUUUUCUUAUCUAUUUUUGUCAUUCCUACGGUUUGUGACAAAUAGCAUUUCUGUUUCUAUGAUAAGAUUCAAGAAAAUAUAGUCUGUAAAAUGUUUUAUCCCCAAAAUAUUUAUGUAAACAUUGACCAAAUAAAAAACUAAAAUGUACAUGUAAAUUGAUAUCAUUUUCUUUUUUUUGGUAUCUAUGUACAGCAUUGUUUUUGCUAUGUGCUAGUUAUGCAUCCCAUGUUUCACGUACACAUUGUGCAAUCGUUUUUACACAAUAAAAUAAUUUACAGUGAAAGGUUAACCUUUCUAUAACCUCACAUUAACCAUAACUCAGAGGCCAUUGUUAUACCUGCAGUUUGAAAUCACAGUGUGAACAGUGAGCCAAGGAUCACCUGCUAUCCCCUAACCAGCGGGCCUCUCACCAAACUUUAACAUUGAAAGGGACAGUAACUACAGCUUAUUGUAUUUGUUCUGGCGAGUAUAGUCAGUCCCUGCAGGCGUUUUGUUGUAAACACUGUCUUUUUAGAGAAAAUGAAAUGUUUCCAUUACGGCCUAAUGAUACCUCCACUGACCACUCCUGAGAUGGCUGCUAGAGGUGAUUCCUGGGGUAGUACUGCACAGUGUGACUGACUUUCAGUGUCUCCACCCUCUGCAUGGAGACACUGAACUUUCCUCAUAGAGAUUCAUUGAUUCAAUUAAUCUCUAUUAGGAGAUGCUGAUUGGCCAGGGUGACAUUUGGCUCUGCCCACAGCUUGCCUCCUUGGCUGAAAUCAUCAGAAUUGACAAUCUUGGCUAAUUCAAUGCUCUCCUGUUGGAAAGCAUUGUGAUUGGCUGAGUUCAUCACUUCUGAUGAUGUCAGCCAAAGAGUUGGAUCGGGAGUGAAGCUAGCACCAGCAGACUGGCAUAAAGAUAAGAUUUUACUAUAUUUAAGGUGGGCCUUAAAUAAUGUUAAAUAAUGUUAUGAACACUAUCUAGCAGGAAGCUAAAUAGUUUUUUUAACAUUAUAAGGUCAGGAAUACAUGUUUGUGUUCCUGACCCUAUAGUGUUCCUUUAAAGUCUGCAGAAAACGGAAAGAUUAGACAUUUUAGGCUAAUUUAGCUUACUUAACUUGUGGGUGUCACACCUCCCCCCCCCCAUGGAUUUCCUAACAAAAAAAUUGACUGAUCACUGCAAGUGCUCUGACCUAGAGCUGAGCGGAAGGGAGGAAGUCUAGUCAGUCCCUGGAUGGGGAAAUAUCAAAGGUAGUGUCUGAUGUAAAGAGGAAAUUGUGUGUGAGAAUGAGAAAGUUCAGUUUGUAUAUGCAGUAUACAUAUACAUUUUGCAAUAUAUAUGUACAUUUGUUUUAAAGGGACACACAUAAACUUUGAUAUCAGAUAAAAACCGUUUGGCCCAUCUAGUCUGCCCAAUUUUCUAAAUACUUUCAUUAGUCCCUGGCUUAUCUUAUAGCUAGGAAAGCCUUAUGCCUAUCACACGCAUGCUUAAACUCCUUUACUGUGUUAACCUCUACCACUUCAGCUGGAAGGCUAUUCCAUGCAUCCACUACCCUCUCAGUAAAGUAAUACUUCAGAAUAUUAUAUUUAAACAUUUGCCCCUCUAAUUUAAGACUAUGUCCUCUUGUUGUGGUAGUUAUUCUUCUUUUAAAUAUAGUCUCCUCCUUUACUGUGUGGAUUCCCUUUAUGUAUUUAAAUGUUUCUAUCAUAUCCCCCCUGUCUCGCCUUUCCUCCAAGCUAUACAUGUUAAGAUCCUUUAACCUUUCCUUGUAGGUUUUAUCCUGCAAUCCAUGAACCAGUUCAGUAGCCCUUUUCUGAACUCUCUCAAAGGUAUCAAUAUCCUUCUGAAGAUACGGUCUCCAGUACUUCGUACAAUACUCCAAGUGAGGUCUCACCAGUGUUCUGUACAAUGGCAUGAGCACUUACCUCUUUCUCCUGCUAAUACCUCUCCCUAUACAACCAAGCAUUCUGCUAGCAUUUCCUGCUGCUCUAUUACAUUGUCUGCCUACCUUUAAGUCAUCAGAAAUAAUCACCCCUAAAUCCCUUUCCUCAGAUGUUAAGGUUAGGACUCUAUCAAAUAUUCUGUACUCUGCCCUUGGGAUUUUACGUUCAAGAUGCAUUAUCUUGUACUUAUCCACAUUAAACUCUGACCACUUUUCUAAUUUACCUAAAUCAUUUGCCAUUUGGCUUAUCCCACCUGGAACAUCAACCCUGUUACAUAUCUUAGUAUCAUCAGCAAAAAGACAUACCUUACCACCAAGACCUUCUGCAAUAUCACUAAUAAAAAUAUUAAAGAGAAUGGUCCAAGUACAGAUCCCUGAGGUGCCCCACUGGUGACAAGCCCAUGCUUCAAAUAUACUCCAUUGACUACAACCCUUUUGUUGCCUGUCACUCAGCCAUUGCCUUACCCAUUCAACAAUAUUGGAAUUUAAACUUAAAGAUUGCAAUUUAUUAGCAGUAUAGUUAUUACAGCAAACUGUAGUGGUCAUAGUGCUAGGAGUGCGAUUUGAAAACUUACCUGGGGUGCCCGCGUCCACAUUUGUUACUCUACUGCAGGAGAAGCCGGAUAUCAGUCUAGAGAAUAAAACACGACCAAUCCAGGACUGUGCUCAUUGGCUGAGAAUGGAGUGGAAUUGCAUGGACCUCACCUCUAGAGCUUAACAGAAUCUCCUGCAAGAGAAGACCGGAAGCAGAAGGUUAUUAUUAUUAUUACAGGUAUUUAUAUAGCGCCAUCAUAUUCCAUGACCACAUACAAUGAGACAGCGAUGGGGCACUCCUGGCACCAUAACCACUACAACCAGUUCUUGGAGUUUUCCUCUAAUGCUGGGAACGGGCUAUAAGAACGAAGGCCAGAACGAUUGCUGUAUUUUGGAUUUAUGGGUGGAAGUCAUUUUUUUUGUAAACGUAGAGUUUCUCUCUAUAAUAACACAAGUGGAGACCUGAGUGGAAACUAACUGAAUGGCAAGUUAUCGAAGUUUCUCUAAAGUUUUGCCCGUUCUUAUAUUGCCUGUUUAAUGGGCUACAAGACCCUGCCACCAGUAGGGGUAGGCGACCUUUGGCCCCUGAUGCAAUGCCAGCAUUCUAGUUGUAAGAGCAUUAUGGAAGAUUAUGGGAGAUGAAGUCCACAACAUCUGGAGUGCCAAAGUUUUCCUACCCCAGCACUGAGCAUGUGUGAAAGGGAAGGGCUUUGACAUUUAGUCCCCAUCAGUUUGUGUGCCGCACACUGAAUCUUGAUGCAAAUAAUCCCCUUUGUGUAAGUAGAAGAAGUGACCAGACUUUAGGGAUUUUUCUGACAAUCAGAAGUACUGGGAAAGUGUAACAGGAUAGGUAAGAGCCACCCAUAACGUGUCAGCCCCUCCAAAAAAAAUUCAAUAAGUGAGACUGAGCAGCAUCAAUGAGGGGAAGAACCUUUUUGCUCAAGAUGCACAGAAACCUAAAUUAUAGAUGUUCCCCUGGUCGGGAAAACAUAUGUACAGUUACGAUACCACGAGUUCGAAAAAAACCAGAUCUGAAACAUCUAUAUUUCUUGGAUUCAUAGCUUGUGACUGUCUGCAUCCGACCUGCUAGAUCAUUCAUAACAAAUAUAUUCUUAUAUGAAACCUUAUCGUUUUAUUACAUGAACCCUGAGGCAUAAUGUCGCCUGUCACAGCAAACGUGACUUGUGGAAUUAGUCACUAAACCAGGUAUUGCCGUUUAUUGACCAGGAUAUUAUACAUUUAGCUGGCUUGGAAUUUUUCUACCAGUUAAUUUGACCAACUCCUCUGCAUUCCUACUCUCUCAUCUUUUGUUACUAUCCCCCCAUACAGCAUUUCCUCUCGUGGUUUAUACCCCACCUCCUCUAGAUUGUAAGCUCCUUUGAGCAAGAUCCUCAUCAACAUUUUGCUGGAAUAGUUUAUCUCAGCUGUUAAAUCCCUUUUUGAAGCUGUAAAGUGCUGCAGAAUAAGUUGUCAUUUUAUAAAUGACAAUAAUAAUAAAUUGUGAUACGUUCUAGUUUACAGGUUUAUUUACUAGAAUGAGAAUUCAAAGUGAAUUUCAAAUUUAAGGUCCGAGUGUCCGAAUUGAAAGCAUAACUGACUUAGAGAAUUUUUCCAGUUUGGCUCUUUUCACCUUAAAUUUGAAAUUUAUUAUGAAUUUGCUUUGAAUUCUCAUCCAUUUACACUGUUAGUGAACACCCCUGAGAGUUUCCGAAUGAUACUGCAUUUCAAAGAAAACUGACUCUACUCAAAGGAACACUAAACCAUGGUGAGAUCCUAAUUACACUCACUGUAUCUCAGCUAGAUUAAGAUAAUCGGUAGCAAAUAUUACUUCAAACUGACUUCUGAAAAGGAUGAGUUCAGCGACAGAACCACUUCAAAGUGAACCUGCGUCUGAUUUAAUUUUUCUUUUACAUUAAAAAGCUUCUUUUGUCGAACAUUUUACUCCAUUAGUGUUGUGCUAGCUAUAACACUUGCCUUCACUCUUCCUCCUUGUUUGGGAAACGCUAAAACCCUCCCUAAAGCAGGGAACGACAGAUCGUAUCUUAUCAUCCGUGUACAGUAGACUCGUUCCUGACUGCCAGCAUUGCUCACUGAAUUGACUCAGUGCGCAUGUUCCGUAGUAAAGUGAUGGCAAGCUGUAGUGUUGGCUGGGGGAGGGUCAUGAAGAAUGCAGACUGUACAUUGCAAUGCCAGCAAUAUAAGUGACCAUUUCUGAUGGCGCCUCCCUCUCCCGGUCAUGUGUGGUGUUCCCUAAGGCUCCAUACUCGGCCCCCUAAUGUUCACAUUAUUUAUAAAUUACCUGCCUAACGUCUGCAAAGCCUCAACUGUAUGCAGACGACACAGUAAUCUACGCUAGUAAACCCAAGCAACCGCAGCUUGAGAAUGUGCUCCAAAUCCAAUUCACAGAAGUAGAAAAGUGAAUUAAUACGUUAUAUAAUUUGUUCUGCCGCUUUGUAUUAGAAUGUAAUUUCUUUACCCACCACUGUGACUUUUUAAAAGAGCUAAACUGGCUGCCGCUGGAAUCCAGACGCACCCUUCAUCUUUCCAGCCUUGUGCAUAAGAGCAUUUCUGGGAAGCUCCCACCCUACCUGAAUAGAAUGCUGUCCCCGGCUGUUCCCACCUCCUAUAACCUCCGAUCCAGUACUAGCACGAUAUUUAGCAUACCGCAAUACAAAAAUAAAGUGGCUCGAUCCUCCUUUUCCUACAGAGCACCACAAUUAUGGAAUAACCUCAGGGACACAGUCAAAUCUUCAUUCAAUCUAAAGUCUAUGGCAAAAUACUUCAAUACAGAAUGCACUUGUCAUGGCAGGACAUACUUGAAAACUAGAGAAAUCUCAAUGUAUCCUUUCUAGUAAAAUAUUUGAUUAAUAAAUAAGGUACCAGGAAUGAUUGACAGGUGAGAUAAGGUGACAUGUUUGGAUUUUUUGAAAGAUCAGUUCUGUUAGCACAACAUUAAGACGAAAUUUAAAGUUCUAUCAUUUUAACCAAACAGGUUUUACCUAUGACAGUUACACUGAAUAUCCGGUAAGGCCGCAUUCCUGCUUGUUCAGUGUGAGCAUAUAGUGAGUUUUCUCCCCUUAAUCUAUCAGUACGAGAGUUUUAGAAGUGAAUGCAGCACUAUAUAUGACAUCAUCAUAACCCGCCACCCACAUCAUACAUCCCACCGAGCAUAUCAGCGAAACAGGACUCUCCAUUCUUUUAUUACUAAACCCAUAACCCCCAAGUGUCCCUAUUUAGGAGGGAUAGUCCCUCUUUUGGCCCAAAUCCCUCUGUCCCUCCUUUCUAUUCUAAUGUCCCUCUUUUCUAGGAGCUCCAUAUUGUUAGUGUAUCUGAGUGUAUAACAGAGCUCCACAGCAAUAAUACUCCCAGUAAUGUGUCUGUAUAACAGAGCUUCACAGUAAUAAUACUCCCAGUAAUGUGUCUGAGUGUAUAACAGAGCCCCACAGCAAUAAUACUCCCAGUAAUGUGUCUGAGUGUAUAACAGAGCUCCACAGCAAUAAUACUCCCAGUAAUGUGUCUGUAUAACAGAGCUCCCCAGCAAUAAUACUCCCAGUAAUGUGUCUGUAUAACAGAGCUUCACAGUAAUAAUAUUCCCAGUAAUGUGUCUGAGUGUAUAACAGAGCUCCACGGCAAUAAUACUCCCAGUAAUGUGUUAUAACAGAGCUCCACAGCAAUAAUACUCCCAGUAAUGUGUCUGGGUGUAUAACAGAGCUCCACAGCAAUAAUACUCCCAGUAAUGUGUCUGAGUGUAUAACAGAGCUCCACAGCAAUAAUACUCCCAGUAAUGUGUCUGUGUAUAACAGAGCUCCACAGCAGUAAUACUCCCAGUAAUGUGUCUGUGAAUAACAGAGCUCCAAAGCAAUAAUACUUCCAAUAAUGUGUCUGAGUGUAUAACAGAGCUCCACAGCAAUAAUACUCCCAGUAAUGUGUCUGAGUGUAUAACAGAGCUCCACAGCAAUAAUACUCUCAGUAAUGUAUCUGAGUGUAUCACAGAGCCCCACAGCAAUAAUACUCCCAGUAAUGUGUCUGUGUGCAUAACUGAGCUCCACAGCAAUAAUACUCCCAGUAAUGUGUCUGAGUGUAUAACAGAGCUCCACAGCAAUAAUACUCUCAGUAAUGUAUCUGAGUGUAUCACAGAGCCCCACAGCAAUAAUACUCCCAGUAAUGUGUCUUUGUGCAUAACUGAGCUCCACAGCAAUAAUACUUCCAAUAAUGUGUCUGAGUGUAUAACAGAGCUCCACAGCAAUAAUACUCCCAGUAAUGUGUCUGAGUGUAUAACAGAGCUCCACAGCAAUAAUACUCCCAGUAAUGCAAUAAAUGUGUCCAGAAAUCAGCCAGUGUUAAUUCUAAAUUAGUUGUAUAAAUUCUUAUUAGUAAGUCACCUAAAAUUUCUCUGAACAGCCCCACCCUGGCCACACACCCCAACCACCCCCAGUCACACCAAAAAUAAAAUGUCCCUCUUUGUCCAUUUGAAAUGCUAGUAGGUGUAUGAACCACCAUUUUCUUGUCUCGCGUAACAUUUGCUGUUUCCCUGCACAUUGUAAAUGAGAUACAGGCAGCCCAGGAAAUCCAAUACAGGGGCCCCUGCCAUUAAAUGUAGCUUGUGAUAAUACAGUGUAUCACUGCUCAUUAUCCAUCCCGCUUGUUACGAAUACCAGACUGUGAUGUCAGCCACAUGUUUAGCCAUCUUCAAACUGGUUGUAGAAGACACACAGUCAUACUUCAAAGGCAGAUUCCAUUGUUUAAAGCUGAACAUAUAUAAUAUCUUGGUUUUAUCACCAUUAGAAUUUAACAAGCUGUGAUCAACGCUUGCUCGGAGCAUCUCAUGGAUUGUCAGCUCUGCGCAUGGUUCAGGAUAGCUGCACACUGACAGUUCCUCUGUGAUUCUCAUGGGACCUUGUCUCUAACACAUUGUGCAGGAGAUUACUGGGAACCAAGGAUUCGUGAGAAAUUUAUAAAUUCCACAGAUGAGAAACACAAUCUUCAUAAAUAUUUACAAGACACAUUUCCACAUGUUAACCCUUUGGUAGCCAGAGUGUAAUGACUGUCUGGAGCUGGUUUUAAACGCCUGUUAUAUGUUCUGCCAAACUAUGCCAUCGACAUUCACGUCUGCAACCCCAAACAAAUAUUUUCUCUGGAUAAUGAAAAACUAUUCCUUGUGAUCAUGUUAGUGGCCAAGGGGGUUGGAAAUGAAUGGUUGACUGAAACUGGUUUGAUAAAAAUACCUUUUGCUAAUAACUACUACAAUAAUUGUACCCUAUUGUUACAAUGCAAUGUUGUGUGAAAACAAGAGAAAUCUCAAUGUAUCCAUCCUGGUAAAAUAUUUUUAAAAUAAAAUAAAUAGAAACAAUGAGCUGUAAUGAUACAAUGAGCUGUAAUAAUAUGGGUUAUGAUACAAUGAGCUGUAAUGAUAUGAUGCACUGUUAUGAUCCAAUGAGCUCUUAUAGUACAAUGAGCUGUUAUGAUAUGAUGCGCUGUUCUGGUACAAUGAGUUGUAAUGAUACAAUGAGCUGUAAAGAUACAAAGAACUCCAAUAAUACAGCUCUAUUCUCCUGUCAAAAUCUGCAAUACUCAUUUGCUGUCAAAGUCCCCUUUAAUACUAUUGUAAAGCGCUGUGAAAUUUGGUGCUACAAAAAUGUCAAUAAUAGUAAUAAUACGAUAAGCUGUGAUAAUACAAUAAGAUGUAAUUAAUAAGCUGUAAUAACACAAUAAGCUGUAAUUAAUGAGCUGUAAUGAUACAAUAAGCUGUAAUUAAUGAGCUGUGAUAAUACAAUAAGCUGUAAUUAAUGAGCUGUAAUGAUACAAUAAGCUGUAAUUAAUGAGCUGUGAUAAUACAAUACGCUGUAAUUAAGAGCUGUAAUGAUACAAUAAGAUAUAACUAAUAAGCUAUAAUAAUACAAUUAUCUGUAAUUAAUGAGUUGUAAUAACACAAUAAGCUGUAAUUAAUGAGCUGUGAUAAUACAAUAAGCUGUAAUUAAUGAGCUGUAAUGAUACAAUAAGCUAUAAUAAUACAAUUAUCUGUAAUUAAUGAGUUGUAAUAACACAAUAAGCUGUAAUAAUACAAUAAGCUGUAAUUAGUGAGCUGCAAUAAUACAAUAAGUUGUAAUUAAUUAUGUGUAGUGGUUAUGGUACCAGUAGUGUCCCUUUAACUUAGUUUUUCUUUUUUUCCUCUGUUCACAAAGGCCUAACCAAACCCAUCAUGUUGCAGUGACCUCAUGGUUUGCCUUCUGGGUGUAAUUCUCACUCCCGGAUGUCUUCUAAGGGGUCAGGCAGAGAUCAGAGCAGCUUUGAAGAUUUGAGGAAAGGAAUUCCUGCUUGCCUGAGAUCACCCCUUCCCUCCCAGCUGUUUGUCAUUACAGUGAGCCGUUUAGUGUAAUGAUAUACAUAGAGAAUCUAUAGCAUGUGUUCUGCUUGUUCUGAACACUGUUUAUUGAUGUGUAUAAAUCACCGGCCACUUCCACUGUACUUUACAAACUUUGUGAUAUAUUGAAAUGGGCAGAGAGAGGUACAGCUGGCUUAGGCAGCCCUGUAACUACAGAUUACACCCGUAACCCUCCAACCACCAUAACCACUAUAGUACAAUGCAGCUGGUUUAUACAGCCCUGUAACUACAGAUUACACCCAACCACCUUAACCACUAUAGUCCAUUGCAGAUGGUUUAUUCAGCCCUGUAACUAUAGAUUAUACCCAACCACCAUAACCACUAUAAUCCAUUGCAGAUGGUUUAUUCAGCCCUGUAACUAUAGAUUAUACCCUUAACCUUCCGACCACCAUAACCACUGUAGCCUAUUGCAGCCUUAUCACAUGAAAUGGGGCAUUAGGCUCCAGGGAGAGUCCUUUUCAGUGUGUUUGCAGACAAACAUUUGUUCAAAGCACAGAGGGUGCUCCACCUCACCCUACAAAUAAAUCAAAAUGUAUAUUUUUUUAUUUUCAUUUUUUUUUUUUUUUAUGAGAUAAAGUCUGUAAUUUAGGAAUUUGGGAAUUAUUGUCUGGUUUAUCCUGUUCUGCAUUUCUUACAUAGCCCUCUUAUCCAAAUUACAUAAAGUUACACACAGGCAUUUAUAAACACAUUCAUAAUUACAUCCUUACACAGACACCUCGUUUUAAUAAGUAAUAAAAUAAAAAUUAUAAUAUAAAUGGAUUUAUUUACCAACAGCGGGGUCCACCCAGUGACCCUCUUCUUACCUUGAAAGGAAGACCUGUAAUGGAACGUCGUCCCUGGGGUCCAGUGAGUAGUUGCCGGGAUCAGUCUCUAUGGUAUUCCAGCUGCCUGCUGCUCUAUAUUGUUGCCACAGCUGGAAAAUCAGUGCAGAGUGAUCCAAGCAACUACCUCAGCGCUCCACACCACAACCACUUCAAAAAGCCUUAGCGCAUGGACCCGUUGCACGGCACCGUUAUCCACACUGCACCCAGACCAGUUCAUUGAGAUGAGGUGACCUUGGUGACUUUAGUGUUCCUUUAAUUUUGAUCUGUCAGCUGUUUAGCAGAUAACUCCCUAAAAAAAAUUAUGGAUCGUUUUUAGAAUAUAUCUUCUUAAUUUGGCACUGUUAUGUGGGAUUACCAUAUUUAACAAAUUAGAGAGCUAUCUGCUAAACACUACAGCUCCCUAAUUUGGCACUGUUAUGUGGGAUUACCAUAUUUAACAAAAUAGGGAGCUAUCUGCUAAACACUACAGCUCCCUAAUUUGGCACUGUUAUGUGGGAUUACCAUAUUUAACAUAUUAAGGAGCUAUCUGCUCAACACGACAGCUCCCUACUUUGGCACUGUUAUGUGGGAUUACCAUAUGUAGCGGAACGCCAAUAAUAACUUCACGAAUUCCGCUGGUUCAGAAACGAAUCCACAGUCAAGCGCUGAAACAACAAGGCAAUAUCCCCAACCUCCCAAUAACCGGACGAGACACAGUUCUGGGAGUCAACUGACAACCUUUUAAUCAGCAGGACAAUUUAUACAAGUCCCCAUGCAAGGGGUUUCCUGAGUCCCUCCCCAGGGGCACUCCCAGAGGGGACUACAUGGGGGACUUACAUUACAGCAUAUUUCUCCCAUCAGGCACUGCUACACGAGAGGGAUCAUCUUCCCAGAAUGCACCGUUAAGUGGAUUAUCCCCUCGUGCAGCAGAACCGACAAUUCACAUAAAAAUCCAUAACUCGGUGAAUAUACAGUGGAUUUACACGAAUGGACGUUCGGUAGAUAGCUGGGGUCUGAGGGUAUCAUUCGUGAGAUUACCGCUCAGAUCCCAGCUAAAAUAACCGAACGCCGCACGAACAACACAAUUCGUAUAAAAUAUAUAAAAAGAACCGAUUGCUUUUAGGGAACAAAAUACCGAAUGUCCCGAAACUCCCGAACGCCCUGGAGGUUCAGCGGGGCUCAUGCCGUCGAGUAGCCGUUUUUAGUACCAGGCGCUCGACGACAUAACCCCGCUGAGGGAACAAAGGAUCCAAGAUGGCCGACCGCCGCAUGGUCGGUAGUCGAACGACGGCCACCGAGGAGAGCCUCUAAUUACCGAUUGCAACAUUGUUGAAAUCGGUUAACUAGCGCCACACGCCUCUAAGUGUGUGGGCUAUUAGGGGGUAUCGCGUUCGGUUCACGAACGGCCCUCCAAAGUGCCGUUCGUAAAACGAACGGGAAUCCCCAUACAAACCGCCAUUUGCAUUCGGCGAAACAGAUAGUUACAGUCACUGCAGAAAAUACAUUAAGCACAUACAUAACAAUAAAGCGCAAAUCUCCCCAGACCUGUAGGCAACCCUUAAAGGCACAGUCUCUAGUUAUAGUUCAAGUGGCUAGGUUUGCCACAAUGCUCCCCCAGAACCAAGCCGGCAUACACAGUCUGAUCCCAACGGAUCGGCUUGGGGAUGUCCGGGGAAGUGCUCACAGAUCACUUUUCAAGGUCUGUUUGUCUAGAUAACCCGUCGGCGUUACCGUUUUGUUUCCCUGGGCGAUAGUGUAUCGUAAAGUCAAAGGGCUGCAGCGCCAAACUCCAGCGCAGCAGCCUGGCAUUGUCUCCAGCCACACGGUUUAGCCACACCAACGGGUUGUGAUCUGUGAGCAAAGAAAAGGGUUGCCCAUAGAGAUAUGGCUGUAACUUUUUCAGGGCCCACACCAUGGCCAGGCAUUCCUUUUCUAUGGCGGCGUAGCUCACCUCUCGGGGUAACAGUUUCCGACUCAAGUAUGCUACGGGGUGUUCUCCGCCAUCGGCUCCGACCUGGCUCAGUACUGCUCCCAAUCCAAACAUUGAGGCGUCUGUGUGAACAAGAAAACGUUUAGUUGGAUCAGGAGCAGCCAGUACAGGGGCAUUGGUCAGAGCCGUCUUCAGCUGGUUGAAUGCCUGUUCACACUCUGGGGCCCAGACGACCUGCCUGGGCAGGUUUUUCUUCGUCAAAUCAGUCAGGGGUUUGGCCAGGGCACUGUAGUUGGGCACAAAUUUUCUGUAAUACCCUGCGGUACCCAGGAAAGCAAGAACUUGGGUUUUGGUCCUAGGGGUGGGCCACUGGGCUACAGCGUCAAUCUUUGCGGGCUCGGGCUUCUGUUGCCCGCUACCAACCCGGUGCCCUAAGUACUGGACCUCGGCCAUCCCUAUAUGGCAUUUACUGGGUUUCAAGGUAAGCCCUGCCUCCCGGAUCUGAUCUAUUACAGCUCCUAUAUGUUGUAAGUGAUCCGACCAGGUCUGACUGUAGAUGGCAAUAUCAUCCAGGUAUGCACACGCAUAAUCCUGGAACCCGUCCAGUAGCCGAUCCACCAUCCGCUGAAAGGUCGCGGGGGCGUUUUUCAUCCCGAAUGGCAUGACUCGAAAUUGGUACAAGCCAAACGGGGUGACAAACGCCGACUUGGGAAUGGCGUCCUCGGCUAGUGGAAUUUGCCAGUACCCCUUACAAAGAUCUAUUGUAGUGAGAUACUGACCCCGGGCCAUCCUAUCUAGCAGCUCGUCGAUCCGAGGCAUCGGGUAGGCGUCCGACACGGUUUUGUCGUUCAACCUCCGGUAGUCCACGCAGAACCGAGUGGUACCGUCUUUCUUGGGAACCAGGACUACCGGCGAUGCCCAGGGGCUAUCUGAGUGUUCAAUAAACCCUAACUGCAACAUCUCUUCAAUUUCUUUCCUCAUAUGUUCCCGCACGGAUUCAGGAAUCCGAUAGGGGGUCUGUCGCAUGGGAAGCUGUCCCGGGGUUUCUACUCGGUGGGUGGCUAGUGGAGUGUACCCAGGUAGGUUAGAAAAGGUGGCGCCCUUGGUUGCUAUCAGUUCUUGUACCUGGAUACGCUCUUGAGGACUUAGCCGCUCCCCCAGCUGAACCCCCUGGGAGGGUUCCUUCUGCUCCUCCUGCUCUAACAGAUCCGGAAGGGGCAGGUUCUCCUGAUCUUCGGAGGCGGGCGUGCAAAUAGCUGCCACGUCCUCCGUUCGCUCGUGGUAGGGUUUGAGCAUGUUCACAUGGAGCAUGCGUCUCUUCCCUACUCCGGAGCAUGGGCCGAUCACAUAGGUGGUGUCGCAUCUCUGCUCUACCACCUGGUAUGGGCCCUGCCAGACGGCCUGCAGUUUAUCGGUGCGGACAGGUUUGAGGAUUAGCACCUUCUGUCCCACUUGAAAACUACGGUCUCUGGCCCCUCUGUCAUACCAACGACGCUGCCGUUGUUGGGCGGCCUGGAGGUUGGUGCGCACUGCCUGGGUCAAUUCCUCCAGGCGAUCCCGGAACGCCAGCACGUAUGGUACAAUAGGGGUCCCAUCUGCGCUACUCUCUCCCUCCCAAUGCUCUCUAAUGAGAUCCAACGGUCCCCGGACCCUUCUCCCAAACAAUAGUUCAAAUGGGGAGAAACCCGUCGAGUAGCCGUUUUUAGUACCAGGCGCUCGACGACAUAACCCCGCUGAGGGAACAAAGGAUCCAAGAUGGCCGACCGCCGCAUGGUCGGUAGUCGAACUGCACCUCUCUGUACGCAAACAACAGAUGGGGAAGGAAUCGUUCCCAGUCCUUAUGGGUCUCUCCGAAUGUCCGGAGCAUCUGUUUUAGGGUACCGUUGAAUCUCUCACAUAAUCCAUUGGAUUGCGGGUGGUACGCGGAGUUAAUGAUCGGCUUUAUGCCACAUAUCCCCCAUAACUGCUGAGUAACUUCAGCCGUGAAUUGGGUCCCCCUAUCUGAGACCAUUUCCUGUGGGAACCCUACUCGGGAGAAUAUCUUCAUCAAGGCUUCGGCUACGGUCUCCGCGUGUAUAUUAGUUAGGGCAAUCGCCUCGGGGUACCGGGUGGCGUAAUCCACCACGGUCAGGAUAUACCGUUUCCCAGAGGGGCUGGGUUUUGGUAGGGGCCCUACUAUAUCUACUGCUACACGGCUGAACGGUUCCUCAAUUAUGGGUAGGGGACAUAGUUUUGCCUUAUGGCGAUCCCCCCUUUUGCCUACCCUCUGGCACACAUCACAGGAGGUACAAUAUUGCCUCACGUCUUUAGAAAUCCCGGGCCAAAAGAAAGCGUGCGUUAAGCGAUACCGGGUCCGGGUCAUCCCUAAAUGGCCGGACAGAGGAAUAUCAUGGGCUAUUCUCAGUAACUCCUGCCUAUACUUCUGGGGCACUACUAGCUGCUUGGUUUGGAGCGUCACAGAGUUGCCUAUUGCCCUUUCCGCCACCCGGUACAGUAACUUCUUUUCCCAUACGUACCGUUCUCCCUCUCGCCCCACCUGGUCCGUGUCUACCCUAUCUCGGUACACCUGCAGUGUGGGGUCUGUCUGAACCUCAGCUUCAAAAGUGGUCGGGGUGUCCCAAGUCAUGUCGGUCAAGGGGGGGUCAUGGUUUCUUACCUGAGCCUCAGAGUGUGCGGGGAAUGCCGUGGUGCGAGCCUGUUGCCGGGUGGUUACCGGAUGCGCCUCUUGUGAAGGAGCUUGGGGAAGAAAAGCAGAAGUCAUCUGGCCCAAGUCAUUCCCCAAAACAACAUCGGCCGGUAAUUUCUUCAUUAUGGCCACUUCCACAACCCCCUCCCCAGCACCCCAGUUCAAAUGCACCUUGGCCGUGGGUAACCGGUACAUGGCUCCCCCUGCUACCCGGACCGCCACUGACCCGCCCGUGUGGGCCGCAUCUGGAAUUAAAUGGGGGGCCACUAGGGUCAAGGUGGCUCCCGAGUCCCGUAGUCCUUGCACUUCUUUCCCUCCCACAAACACAACCUGGCGGCGAUGCUGCCGGUUGUCCGUGGCUUGCACAGACAUCACCUCAUACAGAACCCCCAAUGGUUCCUCAGUAGGUAGACUUGUCAGCUCCGAGUGGUCAGGUUCUGUGUGGUAGAAAUGGGCCGCCGCCCUUGGAGCGGAGUUUUACCGUACCUGGUUCCACGCCUGCCUGCUCCGAUUCUGGGUGCACUCCCGGGACAUAUGCCCCCACUGCCGGCAGGUAUGGCAUUGUAUGUUGGCCCUGCCAUUGUAGCGUGAUGGCGGUGGGGGGUUUCCUGGUGGUGGCCGGAAUGGAGUAGCGUUGGCGGGUGUGGAGAUGGCUGGGUGGUGUGGUACAGCUGGUCUCAGGGGAGCCCUGUUGAGAAGCCCAUGAUGCCUCCUGGCGUCAAAAUGCUGAUCCGCCAACCGGGCGGCUUCGGUUAAGGUGAGGGGUUUUCUGUCUCUUACCCAUUCCUGUGCCUCGGGUGACAGUCCGUUAAAAAAUUGCUCCAGCAGGAUGAGUUGGCGCAGUCCCUCCAUGGUGGUAGCUUGGCUCGCCUGAAUCCAUCCUUGCGACGCUUGGUCGAGCUUAUGUGCCCACUCAGCGUGGGAAUCCUUCUCUGGCUUCCUCAAUCCCCGAAAUUUACGCCGGUACGCCUCCGGGGUUAUGGCAUACCUCUCCAGAAUUGCCCUCUUAACUUUAAAAUAGUCCUUGCUAUCCUCUCUGGGCACAGCGCGAUACGCCUCUGCUGCUCGUCCUGCCAACUUGCCUGCCAGUAGGGGUACCCACAUAGCCUGUUCCAGAUCGUGUAGGUCGCACAACCGCUCAAAAUCCUGCAGGUAUCCGUCAAUCUCAUCCUUCUCCUCGCAGAAUGCUUUAAAUGCCUGGUAAGGUAUUUUCUGCUUCACUGGAGCGCAGAAUGAGUUGGCGAUGGAUUCUGCCCUGGAUGGUGACCUCUGGUGCUGCUGUGCCAUAAUGUAAUCCUGGACGUCCGCCAUCAGCACGGUUAAGAUGUCCAGGGUUACUGGCUGUGGUACAAAUUCCAGCCGGGUUCUCAGUUCCCUCUGGUAUGGUGUUUCCUCUCUGGCAGGUGGGGGUGGACUGCUGUGUGCUUGGUCGCCCUCCAUCAGCUCUGCAAUCAGUACUGCUUUCGAUUUGUUGCUAGCGCUUUUCCCUCUAGCCUCCAGCAGCUCCUUUAGCGUCUGUCUCUUUAAUGCCGUAUAAUCAGUACCCAUUCACUGAUCGCUUUCGUCUGCUUGUUUCAUACGAAUUGCCUUUCCGUUCGGUUGUUCCUUUCAUUCGAAUGCGCUGUAUUCGGCUGUAGAGUUGGAUCCCGUCGCUUGCCACCAAUUGUAGCGGAACGCCAAUAAUAACUUCACGAAUUCCGCUGGUUCAGAAACGAAUCCACAGUCAAGCGCUGAAACAACAAGGCAAUAUCCCCAACCUCCCAAUAACCGGACGAGACACAGUUCUGGGAGUCAACUGACAACCUUUUAAUCAGCAGGACAAUUUAUACAAGUCCCCAUGCAAGGGGUUUCCUGAGUCCCUCCCCAGGGGCACUCCCAGAGGGGACUACAUGGGGGACUUACAUUACAGCAUAUUUCUCCCAUCAGGCACUGCUACAUGAGAGGGAUCAUCUUCCCAGAAUGCACCGUUAAGUGGAUUAUCCCCUCGUGCAGCAGAACCGACAAUUCACAUAAAAAUCCAUAACUCGGUGAAUAUACAGUGGAUUUACACGAAUGGACGUUCGGUAGAUAGCUGGGGUCUGAGGGUAUCAUUCGUGAGAUUACCGCUCAGAUCCCAGCUAAAAUAACCGAACGCCGCACGAACAACACAAUUCGUAUAAAAUAUAUAAAAAGAACCGAUUGCUUUUAGGGAACAAAAUACCGAAUGUCCCGAAACUCCCGAACGCCCUGGAGGUUCAGCGGGGCUCAUGCCGUCGAGUAGCCGUUUUUAGUACCAGGCGCUCGACGACAUAACCCCGCUGAGGGAACAAAGGAUCCAAGAUGGCCGACCGCCGCAUGGUCGGUAGUCGAACGACGGCCACCCUGGAGAGCCUCUAAUUACCGAUUGCAACAUUGUUGCAAUCGGUUAACUAGCGCCACACGCCUCUAAGUGUGUGGGCUAUUAGGGGGUAUCGCGUUCGGUUCACGAACGGCCCUCCAAAGUGCCGUUCGUGAAACGAACGGAAAUCCCCAUACAAACCUCCAUUUGCAUUCGGCGAAACAGAUAGUUACAGUCACUGCAGAAAAUACAUUAAGCACAUACAUAACAAUAAAGCGCAUAUCUCCCCAGACCUGUAGGCAACCCUUAAAGGCACAGUCUCUAGUUAUAGUUCAAGUGGCUAGGUUUGCCACACCAUAUUUAACAAUCAGGGAGCUAUCUGCUUAACACGACAGCUCCCUAAAUUGGCACUGUUAUGUGGGAUUACCAUAUUUAACAAAUUAGGGAGCUAUCUGCUAAACGCAACAGCUCCCUAAAUUGGCACUGUUAUGUGGGAUUACCAUAUUUAACAAAAUAGGGAGCUAUCUGCUAAACACGACAGCUCCCUAAUUUGGCACUGUUAUGUGGGAUUACCAUAUUUAAUAUAUUAAGGAGCUAUCUGCUCAACACGACAGCUCCCUAAUUUGGCACUGUUAUGUGGGAUUACCAUAUUUAACAAAUUAAGGAGCUAUCUGCUAAACACUACAGCUCCCUAAUUUGGCACUGUUAUGUGGGAUUACCAUAUUUAACAAAUUAAGGAGCUAUCUGCUAAACACUACAGCUCCCUAAUUUGGCACUGUUAAAUGUGGCAAUCCCACAUAAGGAAUUAAGGAAUAAAGGGAAGAAUUUUGUUCAUCUUGUGAUUAGUUUGUUAAUUCAUUCUUCCGUUGUGCCAAUUGGGAGAUUCACAAUUCGGACGAAUGAGACCUUUUUUGUUUGAAUUUUCUUUUCGAAAACAAAUGCCCAGGUCUAUGAAUUAGCCAGUCCUGUCCCAGUGAGGAUGUCGGUAAUACUAGUUUGAGAGUCACUAGAUAGUCUACUUAACAUUGCACUAUUUCAAUGCAGACUCUAGGAAAACCAGACAUUAUCGAUCACACAGCCAUGUUUGCAGGGGGAAUAUUUUCAGCAAUACUAUUUCCAGUGUCUCAUUUGUCCAAGAACCCGUCUCUGUGUUUUUGUCUGGUAAAGGGUUAUUGUGAAAACAUGCUACGUUUGAAAUGAUGAGCUGGGGAUAACAGACUGGGCUCUCUAUCCAUGUGAGGCCAACGGGCCCUGUGUCAUACUGUGUGUGUGUGAUUAAGCAAUUUACACGCUCACACAGCGCCUGUCUGACUCACUCCCCUCCUGACAUGACUGGGCUAAAUUUAACCGCAUUCAGGGAAGAUCCUUGGGGAAGUCCUUGCGUUGUGUGCAGCAGGGAAAGCACCCAAGUUCCCUAUUAGAAAUAUUCCGGAUUCUCCUCCUACCUCUUUCUAGGAGCCUCUCCGAGCACAGAGUUCAAUGUCUUUCAGCCACUGGUUGUCACAUGGUGGACUCCCAACGUGCUGGAAAAGUCCACUCUGCUUCUUUUCUAAAUAUUAUUAUUUUUCUGUGAAGAUUAGUCGGGUUUUACCCUGCGGGUUUAGUCACUAGCCCGGGAGAGUGAAUCAGGGCCCAUUCCGUACUAAUGUCCAUCAUUUUAGAAGGCCAUGCUUGAGGAGCCGUUGUGCAUGUUCUGUAAUUUAUCAAUCCCCAGGUCGCUGGGAUUAAAUUGGAUUUUCAGAGAUUUUAGAAUCUGCAGUAAAUUUAACAAUAAAGGCCAGAGUAGCUAAACUGACAGAAGAGCUAACUUUGUUAAGGUUAUUUUGACCUUAAAUCUGAAAUGAACUUUGAGUUUUAACUUGAGUGAAUAACCCCGUUUGUUCUCUGUUUUUAGUUGUCAGUGAUUCAUGCCGGUGUUUUUGAGACUGGAGAGCGUUCGGCUACUUUUUCAUAAAUCCCAACAUUGGAAGAUAUGUAGUCACAAUGGGAGGGCACGUUGGGAACUGAAAUCCCAUAACCAGUGACAAAAAGUUUUUAAAAGGGAGAAUCCCAAAGGGAGGACAUAAACCGUGACCACUGCAUUCAUUGAUUACCGAUGGGCUGUGUUUAUAGGGUAUUAGAUGUGCUUAGUGGAAGUGAAGAAACAAAUUAAUAAUCCACUCUAUUAAAAGCAGCUUUUAUUGGCAAAUCAAUGUGUUCGGUGAGACCUUACAUUCUCUCUGCCAUCUCGUAUCCUCCUAAACGCGGCUCUAGACCUCUUAUAUACCGGCUGAGAUUACUGAUCAGUCAGGUCAUUUGGCUAAAGUAGUGUGAUAGCUCACUGGUUAGUGCUCCAGCUGCUAGCUGGAUCCCUGGCAGGACCAUCUGAGUCUUUGAUCUUUCUGGACUUAAUCAAUUCAGUAAAAUUACCAGGGUUAUACACUAAAGUGAGAAUUCAAGGUGAAUGUUAAAUUUAAGGCCAAAGUAGCCGAACUUAAAGCAUAGCUGACUUUUUUCCAGUUCGACUAUUUUGAUCCUAAAUUUUACGUUUUGACUUCUUAGAAUGUAAUACCCAGUGUAUCUACCUUUUGUAAUUCUGCGUCACUUACCUGUCUAACAGAAUGUUGCACUCACUGCUCUCUUUUCCAGCUCUGUGUGGAGUUUAUCACGAAGACCCUGACAGUAGAGCUGGCGUGUGAAGCCUUGCAGGUAAGUGGAUGCUGGAGGAUCACCUAGGGCACUGAGAGCUGGCAUAGUAGGCUCAUAAUGGCAGUGUGUGUCUCCUGGAGAUACAAUUCCACAGGACCUCUGUUUGAUUGCAAGCCUUAAGGGCAAAUCAAGCUAGCUCUCCAGCCUUUUGCACUGAGGGACAAGUGUUUUCAUCCAGAUAUAAUUACUGCUAACUCACUCUAGCUUGGUUAGAUGAGAUAAAUACCUAAUCUUACCGUAUUCCUUUUAACCCGUUAAGGACACAUGACGGAAAUAUUCCGUCAUGAUUCCCUUUUAUUCCAGAAGUUGUGUCCUUAAGGGGUUAAAGAACACUCCUUAAAACAAAAUAAAAUUUGUAAGAUAUAAGCCAAUGAAAAUAUGAAUGAUAUUUGAUUUGUAUGUUUUCUUUGUGAGUGUAUGAAUUAUUUACUUGCAAUCGCUGCAGUUCUAAUGUAUGCAACUACUACAAGCCCUCCCCUUCAAACCCCGCCCAUACUUUCUGUGGCUGUCCAAUCACAGAGUUCCCAAUGCAGCUCAAUGAGAAGUCUUUGCAAGGCAGUUGCUGCCUCUUGAGGUUAACUACACUGAGCUAAUGAAACCAGUAACUAACCGGACCGGUUGUCUGAUUCACAGCCAUGAGGGUGUUACAAGCUGACCUGCUUUAUGACUUUUGAGUCUUUCUUUAAGGGCCCCAAACAGUGAGUGUGUCUCUAAGUAAGCAUAGGCCGUAGGGCUGCCGAAAGAGUAGUUAGGAUUAAUCAUUUGGAUUACGCAAAUUCUCCAUUGUACAGCUCUCCUUAAAACUAAAUAGAAACUGUAAAACUCAGAGGUGGCUAGUACCUGUGUAUUAUGACUUUAAAACCCUCUCAUGAGGAUCCUUUACUCUUUAAAGGCACACUAUAGGCACCGUAACCACUUUAGCUCAUUGAAGUGGUCUGGGUGCAAUGUCUCUGUCCCCCGUUAGUCCUGCAAUGUAAAUCAUUGCUGUUUUUGAGAAAUUGCAAAGAUAGCAUUGCAGGACUAAGACUGCUCCUAAUAGCUGUCAAUCAGACAGCCAUUAGAGGCACUUAGUGGUAGCUAGACUACUUUUGGUGGCCUAACUGACGCUGGACAUCCUCACGCUCUGCAUCAUGAGGACAUCAAGCCUCGGUUAAAUCAUGUCAUGGAGAUGAAGUGGUGUUGGUAGCUUUAGUGCUCCUUUAAUUUGUGUAGGGUGAAUGCUUUGCUCGUUUCUCAAUGUUGACUCCCUUGUUGCUAAAUUUUCCAGCAGCGGUGCCCAUAAACUAAGGGCCAAUUCAAGCCACAAGAUUGAAAUUGACAUUCAUUAACUUUGAGCUUUGCAUUUCCAGAAAUCUGUCCCUGCACAUUGACAUGUAAAACAAAUAGGAGGGCAAAGCAAGCACUUGUUUACAGCCCCCCUUUUUUCUGGGGUAUUUACCGCUGUAUGGCAGGUGUUUUAUGCCGUCCUUAUUAGGGUAGCUCUAAAUGCCGGAUGGCAGCAUAGUAUGUCCCCGCCGUCCUGGGCACUUACUGGGUCCCCGGCGAUCCCACGCCGGCUGUCGCGAUCCUGGGAACUGCCUGGGAGCUCAGCAGUCCCCCUCUGCCCGAUCUGGCCCUCCCGGGCCAUGUGAUCAUGGGGAUUUCACAAUCACAUGGCCAGAAUAGCCGGCUUAUGCAGUGCCUGCUAGGGGACUGCGUGAGCUCUCAGGCUGUCCCCCUUAUGCCUGUAAAAAAGUUUAUAAAAGUUAUAAAACAGUUUUAAAAUUAAAUAAAAAGUAUCUAGAUCAUAUAUAUGUAUGUAUGUAUAUAUACAUAUAUAUAUGAUCAAAGUACUUUUAUAUACACAUACAUCACUUAAAAUGAUUUUAAUUAUAUAAAUUUAAUUAUAAUUGGGUGUGGCUAGAUAGUAUAAAUCUAAUAUUGUUCUCUGCUGGGUUAGACCAUUCAAUGUCAGAAUCUUAAAAAAAAAAAAGUGUAAUAAUGAAAGAUUAAAAACAGUCUCCCACCUUGCGUACUUUGCUUAAUUUAUGGUUUGCAUCAGUGAAGCCAAUUGGGCAACUGAGUUGUCUAGUGAUACAGUAUCCUUAACCCUACUAAAUAUUUUGGGAAUGUCUUUAUUAUCAGCAUAUGAUAAUAUAUGAUUUGGGUGCCACGGAGAAUGCUGCUUUUGCUUAAUAUGGUUUGACAUAGCGCCAAGAUGUAGUAGCUAUAAUGUUUUCCAGUUCUCCACAGUUCCCUGUCUAAUAAAUAAUCCUCUAACGUAAAAGGAAAGAAGUUAAAUAGCUUUUUUUCUGAAUUAGGAAUAUUGCCACAAUAACCCCCAUUAUCUGCAUGCGGCUGGGAUACGUGGCUCAGACAAUGCUUUUUACAGGAGUGCAGAAAUGGUCAUUAUUCUGUUUAUGCUAUUAUUUUAUUAUUGUAUAGUGCUCAUUCUCGCGGUCUAGUCAGUUUGUCUCCUAUACGGUUUCUAUUACAGGCUGCUGUGACUUACGGACAGACCGACUUACGCCAGAAGUGCCUGGCUUACAUUGAGCGCUUUACAAUGGUGAGUAACCUCCUCUCUACUUUGAGUAUAGGACAUGCUUUAAAUAUCACCUUUAAACCUGCGUGUUACUAAUCUAGAGUCAUUCAUGGUUUCAGUGUCCAUUUUUAGGGGCAUAGCAUCAGUACUGCGCCAUUCACAAG